GGUUGGACGGCGGAUUCCCAUCACAACCAAGAUGGCGGCGGAGCGGACAGCCGGCUCCGCUCAGUGACUGACAGACAGAAGAAGAAGAAGAAGCCUCACUCGGGUUGGACAGCUAACGGUUAACGGGAGAUAAAUAAUAAACACUAGUAACAGUUUACCUCACCUCUCCGGUACCGACGGUGGUGGAAUGAAGCAGAACCGAUAGACGACACCGGCUUGAAGUUGAGCGGGAGGACUAAUUUAACGUCCACGAACGGGGUGAGUGAAUGAUGAAGAACCGUUACAGUGACAGAGGGAUUUAUCCAACAGCUGCUAGUUACGUGCUAAAAACAAGCUCGAAAUCCCGUCCACUCGCCCUGUCACCUCACUUUUGUGUUCAUUAUCUUUUCAUCUGCAGCCCUCUCUCUCAUGUACGUUAAUGACAAAUGUGCCGUCAUUGUAUUUGACCCGAUAUCUCUCACGCUUUCCUCUGUAGUUGAUUCCCGCAGCCACGAUAGGAGUGUGCUGCUGCUGUGCCACAGGUUGUUGCAAUCAACGCCAACAUCGUGACUGUUUUAAUCACCUCCGCUGUGUGCGUGAUGUCAACCGAACACUAGUCACACCACAUUAAACCCCCUUUUUCAUCAGGUGAUAUAUGACUGUUUUAGCCUGUAGCAUGAGGUCGUUAAAGAACUAAAAAUAACCCCAAACACUAACCUCCUCCCUGUGUGUGCACCCUUUUUGCCCGGGGAUAUUUUAGGUCGUUCACUUUUUUUUUCUUCUUUAUCUCAGAAAAUGCCUCUAAGUUCACCUUGCUGGAGGCAGUGGUACAAAAUGUGCAAGGAGAGUCAUUUCGGGGCAGGGAUUCCUUUGUUGUGAAGCAUUUGAGGUCCAGAUUAAAGGCUGUCACUUGCUGUGUAUCACGGAUCAUCACUGGGGACAGGGUGUAUGGUCUGUACUCUCAGCACCGUCUGCAGCACAUGCAUCAGAAAAUCUCAGCUAAGCAGACAUUUGAUGCUCCAGCAUUAGUUGGCAGCAAAUAAAGGUCUCAUGAUAAAUAGGGCAGGUAAAUUCUCUGUUGUAGGCAAAACCUGCAUUGACUAUUCAUUUGUCUGUCAGGGAGUCAUCUGUUAAGUAUUUUCAUACAUCAUAGAGGAGGACAGGCUGCCUAAAUAAGCAGUGAGAUCGAACCUAUGGCUAUGCCCCACACUUGAACACAGUUAAGGCAUUCUGAGGUGAAUUUUGACGUGCCUGACUAUACACAUCAAGCCCGAUGCGAGUUUGUGUUUUUCCGGGGGGAAAAAGAUGCAUCUGUGGGAAGACUUUUCCCGGUGAGAGUCCCGCCUCUUUCACCUCUGAUUAGCUACAAAAGCUGGAAAUGUCAUCACACGCUCAAGCCAAACGGUCAGCACUUGUAGCCAAUCAGAGGCGAUAAGAUAAGCACAUGAAACUAUGUUCACAGCAGUUAGCUUAUGUUAGCACAGAUGAAAGUUAAAACAAAGACGUUUAGCAAACUGUUAAAGCACACAAACGAUUGUCAUAUGAGAAAUCCGACGCUAAGACUAGUUGUCCUUCAGGUCGUUAUCUUUGUAAUAUUUGUAUCUUUUAUCAAAAAACACUGUUCUCCGACACGUAAACAAUUAGCUGGUCGGCCAUGUUGGAUAUACUGGUGAAUCUAAAGUUGCUACAACACGAAAUCUGAUUGGUCAGAAGUGGACGCACUUUAUGCGAAACUUUUGAAAAAUCGACCGUGAUCCGAAAAAAUAAAUGCCACAAUAUCUCAGGACGGGAAAACGUCGCUGAUGUGAACGCUUGUAUUGACAGGAUAUGGGUUCGAAAAAAAAUAUUGACGUCCGACAACAACGCUCCCGAUGUGAAAGGACCUUAAAUCAGAAACUUAACUCUGUGAUUUAUUAAUGAGCCAACUUUGAUCGCAGUUACUCUGUGGAUUCUGUUCAAAUCGAACAAAUGCUAACAUUAACGUUGAGGGUAAAACCCAGUAAAAGUCUGAUGGUCUGUCGCCUGUCUUCCUGCAACAGAAAAGGUUGAUUAUAACAAUUUUAUUCAAAUGCAUUAUAUCUAUGGAUUACUUCGAAUCUACAAAGGCUGUUUGAUCUUGCUCAAGUUGUCAGUGAUCCAUCUUACCAUGUGAGAUCAGGGUUUGGAUCCUUCUUCUCUCAACAUGGAUCCUAGUGAUCGGCUCUUAGUGAUCCAGAUCAUUUCGUUUGGCAAAAACCAUCUGCUCCUGCCAUCAAACUGCAUGUAUUAUUCAUGUGCAAGAGCUGGCUUUUGGAGCCGAGUUGUUGGCAUGUGUUGCAUAGACAUCCCAGCUCAGCGUACUGUCUGCUGCCACAGGGUUGCAUUCCUACAGUGAAGUCAGAUGAUGCAAAAAUGACUAUGUGAAGGAAACUGAAUUUGACAGAAGUGGAAGACUUUGGUUGGCAUGUGUGCCCAGAUCUGCCAUUAUCGUACAUAUAAGACAGAACACAAGCCACAUCACUUUAAACUUCAACAACAGUCAGAUUUUGGAUCAUUUCUGAAGUGUAACUUGCCAUGUUUACUUUGGUGUUUUUCCACCUCUGCAUCUGUCUGCAGCCUCUCCCUGCAGAGAACAUUCAGCACAGGGCUUCAUCAUCGAAGCAAACCUCCCACUCAGAUCCCUGGACAGUGACUUCAGAAACCGAGAGUCUGAAAUCCUCCACGGAGGCUGAACUGGUCUUUUCUUUUUGCAGCUGAAUUCAUAAUUUGCUUAAAAGACAACUGUGACAUUUUAACAUCUCAAAUCCCGUUACAUGACACUUUGAGCAGAGCUACACUGCUUAGCAGAUGGUGUUAGGCACUAAAAUUGUUUAAUGAUAAUGGUGUGAUAUACUCUCAUAAAGAAGCAGCUUUCAGUAUAGUCAUAUUGGUGCAAAAGCUGGCGCACAAAGCCUCUUUUUUAUUCCAGCUUUUCAAUCCAACCUCAUUGACCAUCAUAGAGGAGGUUGGUGAAUUUCCCCCCUAUUUUAACUGGAAGAAGCUGCAAAAAUCACACGUUUCUUGGCAUAAUGCUUUAGCUACACUGAACAGAUAGUCAGUGUGUGUUUUGCAAAUUUCGUGGUUUGAAAAUGUGAGAAAUGUGAGGAAAGGCAGCUGAAGAGGAAACACACCGGGAGUCGAACUGGAGUGGUUGACUACAAUUUUUUUGGCAUCAGACCUCAGACAUGCUCUGUGGUGACGGCUGCCAAAGACUCUUGACAUCUUGAGAGUUUACUUCCCAAAGAAUUCCCCUCCGCAUCGUUAAGUGGUGUCACACAGGACAGGCAAGUCUGGUCAAAUCACAUAUGUGACAGAAAUACUCUCAAAGACUGUGAUUUGGAAAACCUCAGCUUCACAUUCCUGCAAGGUAACCCACACUGGAAUUCCAUAAUUCCUCUGUCUGCGUGGCUCUUUUUGUUGUUUUGGUUACGUUUAAGUCUUAGUCUAAUGUAGAUUCUGCUGUCCAGGUUCUGUUGAUGUGCACAUGAUGGACAGGGAGUUUGUCAGCUUGUCUGUUUUGCCGUGUCUGUUCAUGUUUAGAGGGCAGAGGGGCGCCUUUUUGGAAUGCCAGAGAGGAAAAAGAGAAAUUCUUGAGGCCACUGUCAUCCGGCAAAUGAGAGCCAAAUGGCAUGGACCUUUUGCAGGCUGCUUGACUGUGCUGUGAAGUCUCGUGCAGAUCCAAGUAUAUGUGAUUUAUGGGAGUGAGUAAAAGAUCAAAGGGUAGACAGCUAGACGUGUCUGCUGGGCCGAUUGAAGACCUCAUGCAUGCUCAGUAACGCUGGUUUUUCUCUCCCUGACUCCAGCCUCAGGGUUAACGCCUGCUGUCCACCUGUAAUUGACACCACGUGUCAGCUCCUGUAGUGGGAGCAGGAUAACACCUGAGGCAAGAUGAGGCAGCAUGUUAUUGUUCUUUCUAUCUUGCAUAACAUAGUGAGCAUGUCGAAGUGAGUAAUGAUCUCCAUAAACUAAGAUGCUCAUGCUGUGGGAAUAUGGAUGUGUUUUAGGGAUGGGCGAUAAACCGAAAACCGAAAAUUUACCGAGAUCGAAAUUUACAACAAUAAUUGACAUCAUUUUUCCCAUGUCAAUAUAGUCGGUGUCCAAAAAAUAAAUCAAUAAAUAAAAGUAGUUUUUGGAUGUGUGUAGGUAGGCUAUGGUCUCAUGUCUCUUUAAGACGCUGUCCUACGUCAGAGACCAGUCUGUGAGAAAGAGGGAAAGACAGGUGAGGAGAUGGAUGAUGGUUCAAAAGUUGCAGCGGCUGAAGUAGCCGAAGUAGUUAUCGUCUAUUCAUCGUUAUCAAGGUGAACCGAUCAAUAUAUUGUGACAUUGAUUUGAGGCCAUAUCGCCCAGCCCUAGUGCAUUUGUAUUGGCACCAUAUCCUAUAAAACUAAGAGGUUACCCAGACUGGCACAGCUGACACACCAUUAUCUGCACACCCGCGUCAUCAGUGGCGCCUGAGCAGAUGUUUUCUGCCAUUCGACCGUUGAUGACCUGGUUGUGCUGCUAAGUGACACUCAAACAUGCUAAUGAGCUAAAAAUGUCUGUGGAAACUGCUACUGUAAGCUUGUUCUGCAUGUUAAGCUGCAGCAUGCAACAAUUUUAAUGGUUCUAUUUAUUCUGUUAGUGUGCAAAACUGUCAGUUAAAUGCAUUACGAUGCCGUGGGAAAUCCAGGUUCAUGCUGCCCUCAUUCAUUUAUUUUAUUAGUGCCACCAUGAUGAAUAUUGAAGCAGUGACAUAUUGAGUAAAAUGAACCGGGAAAUCUACUUUCACACACACAGCUGGUACAACCCAGAGCUGGAGCAUGUUGGAACAACCACUACACUUUCAUGCCCUUGGAGAGCUCCACUGUGGGCCCUCUCAGUGAAACUGACGUCUGGCAUCCACAUAAAGUCAAGGAAUUGUACGACCGGGCAGCACAUUGUGUUUGGAGUAAUGAUGUCAUGAUGGUGCUGAACCAGAGAUGUGGAGACUAUGAAUUGUUUGCAGCAGUGAUGCAGGCACCAUGAUGUGUUUUAAUUAGGAAGCCGGAGGCCACAGGAGCUUUUAGCCUCUUUUAUCUGUCAUAAUGAUAAGGCGACAUAAUAGUCGAGCGACUGAAUGAAUUCUCAUCAUCCUGCUAAUGUCAAUUUAUUCUUCUUGUACAGAGGUUGUGGUUAGAGGGAGCGAUGGGAGAGAUGGUAGCAGCAAAGGAAAACUCAGUAAAAGAGCUGGAGAUGCUUGAGAUAAGUGACAGUUGCGCUUUUGGCAUUUUAGUGUUUUUUUCUGCUCCAUUGAGUGUACAAACUACUCUCUGUGUCUCUGAUGACCUCUUUAUGAAUAUUGAAUGAGGCUACAUGGGGGUCCAGAGAGAGUUUACUCUGUUUUGGCUCUGAGAGAUGCAUAAUAAAUUCAUCAUAUUGGAACAUUUUCUGUUCUGAAACUUUGCUCGAGUUUGAGCAGCAGUGUAGCAGUCUUCAGUUUUGGCUGGUUGACACAGAAACAUUUCCGUGCAGGAGCCUCACUGCCAUUUACUCAGAUUUAUGAUGUUUGAUAUGAUGUUAAUGUUUGCUUUUAAUAUGAAUAUUAUAAAGGUUUCUUCAUAAUUGAGCCAGUUUGGGUCAGAAAAGGUUCCUCACUGCUUGCUGCCACUGUUGUCAUCCCUGUAAUCAGUUAAUGUCACACUUUAGUGAUGGGGCCUCCUCAGUUUGCAUCCAAAUUAGUGUCAAAGCUUCCUCCUAUGAGUACGAGCUGAGAAAAUACAUUUACACAGGAUCAAACCUUCAUUAUUUUAUUAUUAUUAUAAAAAAGUUUUCAAAACUCUUUAUGUGAUCAUAUAUGAACAAGGCCAGCAGGGCCAAAGAGAUGUUAAAGCUCUCCCUAACACUGCAAGAAUUUAAUCAGAUUUCAUGAAACAUCUAAUCAAUCAAAGUAGAGAAGAUGAGAAUUUGAUCUAAACUUUUCCUCCAACUUUGUAGUUCCUGAAAGAGAAUCACCGAUUUGACCCUGGUGUUGGGUACUGGUCAGAUACUCAAUUGGCAAACUCAUCAUUAAGGAUGAUGAUUAGAAGACCAGUUUCGGUCAGAGAGGUCAGUUUUGGUCCAGUAGAGGCUUAUAUGUAAAAGAGAAAAAUAGAUCUCUGACUGCGUUAUUAUCUAGAUAUGUUAGAAUAGAUUUUAGAUUUCAGUCAGACUAACAUGUUGACAAACACAAUAAGUUGAUAACUGACUCCAUAGGUGAGAUCUCUUUGAUUCAGCUCUGAUAUUUCUGUGUUUAAACUGCAUCAUGAACACGUUCGUAGACCUGAGAGCUGGUCUAGCCUGAAGGACGCUAAUUACAAAGACUCAGCAGUUUGGAGGUAUUUCAGUACUUUCUACGCCAACUACUUGCAAUCAGUGCAAAGCUUAUAUUUCGAGGGGUGGUGGUAGCAUAGCAAAGUAAUGACAAAACCAGUUCAAUCAAGCAUUUUGAGAACUAUCAUGUCAAAGUUUACAAGUUCAGCUGAACAAAACCAGGAGCUGAAAUGAUGAUGUUUACAAUCUCAGCUGUACGGCAAAGAUGCAAGGAACUCCCCUGGUGACGGUUUGAAAGGGAGAAAAAUGUCAGAGACAAACAGCUCUGUGAGUCAUUGUUGGACGAGGAACGCUUGGUACUGGACCGGAUUGGAUCAUGACUGACAUUGGCUGCUACCAAAGCCCAGUAUUGAUAUCAGGAGUUGAAAUGUUGGGUUGAUGCAGCCCAAAUGUCUGAUCGUAUUCCGCCACAGACUCCAGACUGUCCGAAACUGUUAAUGCUGAACAGGCGUCUCUUUUGUUACCGCAGAUGAUGUCAUAACCCCUAAUAUUUUUGUUGGAAGCAGAACCGAUGUUUCGACGAUGUGAAAUAGUCUGUGAUAAGAGCAGGAGGGUAUUGUAGCAGCCUGAAGGUCACCGUGCAGCAUGGUUCCCAUUUUCCUGUCAUACAACCAAAAGAAGACUCUGUUCGGGCAAAUAAAAGCUGUUCUGGAUUUGCAUGAAGAAAGACUGAUGACAGGAUUACAUGUUCCCAGGGAAUACCAUCCACAAACACUAAUUAGCUGUAAGCUCCCAGUAUUGUCUGCAGAGAGAAAGCCAGAAUGUGUCCUCCUUAGUUGGUGGGUGGCAUUUGGUGCUUCACAGGACGGUUUUAGGACUCCUCGUAAUCUCAAGAUUCACAGCUACCAGCAAAGCCGUGUGCCAGAGCAGUAAAAACUCGACAUUCACUCUUUCCUCUGUGGGAUUAGACAGCGUUCUAGGGCGUGUGUGCAGAUUGGUUUCAUUAAAUUUGCUUCUUCUAGGGGUAGUUGUUUAGUCUCCAGAACUCAUCGACAGCUUUGGAAACGCAGGGUUUGGUCAGACUGCAAGGCUAAAUUGAAAAAAUAAAAGUGUGUCGUCACCUCAGGGUUUUUCUCAAAGUCUUGGGUCCUGUGCUGAUUCUGUGUGCUCUAACUUGCAUCCAUGUCUAUUCAUUCUUUUGUCUUUGUGUGCCCCUCUCAUUUCCCUCAACCUGACGUCCCCGCUCUUCUGAUGUCGCUGAGUGCUUACAGAGUAAAACAGAUUCACUCCUGCCGUGAACUGACUUACAUCUCUUGUAUAUUUCUGGAUUUGUGCUCUUGCAUUAUUCUAGGGAUGGACAGUAUAGCAAAAUAUCUUAUCAGGAUUUUAAUUUUCACACUUUUUUCCUGGUUUACUUGGUUGUAAAGAACUUUUCAGUUUGAUAGAUUCGACAGAAACUUUCUUGGAUGCGGGUUUUCAAAAGUCGGGCCUCCUCUUUCGAAGGCUGUUAUUGUCUGAGUCUCUCACCUUAUUCUGUUGUUGUUGCUGCUGCCAGGUUCAUAGGGGUAAAGGAUUACUCUCCUGCUGUCUUCCCUUUUCUUCUCAUCCCUCAGAGUGAAAUAGGUGUUUAUCAGGAGACGCUAAAGACGUCACUAAAUCAGAUCUAGCAGCCCCCCCAUGUUUACAAGCUGCAAAACAGGAGACGCCACACUGGGGAUCAAAUGUGUGGGUUUGUCUGACCCCAGCCGGGAGAACAGUUGGAGGGAUUGAAUGUCCGGGGGGGCAUGUUGAUGAGAUCAGGUUUGAAAUCUUGAAAAGUUAAAAAGUGUCUGAGGGAAGCAAACACAGAAAGGUCAUUAUUAUCAGACAUUAGUGUUAUACAAACAUGUAUUACAUGUGUGGUGUAGGUGGAGGGAGUCGAUUUCCUGGUAGUUUCUUGUUGUUGUGUGGGUUUUUUUUUUAUUGCAAUCACAUCUUGAUGCUAAUAGGAGCGGUAGCUGCAUGUCAGAGUCGAUCGCUGCUGUUUCCCCCGCUGCUGCAUCGCCAUUUAUCCCGGUUUGUGCUUAAUUAUCCAUAACAAACACACAUCAGUCUCCCCCGCCCACCAAGAGAGACCGAUCGCCUCAAACUUGAGGCGAAUUUAAAAACAGCUUUUCAAAUGUAGGUCAAGACCUUGCAGAAAGUUUUCAAGGCCCCGUUCAGGCUCUUCAGCUCUUUCAUCGUGAAUGUGCGAUCAUCGUAUUCAGGUUUGCAGCGGGUUCGUUCUAACAGGGCACAAAUUGCAAACACUGACACUGUUAUUUCCAUUCUACCCAGUGUUUCACCCCUCUACUUAAUUAACAACCUUGUGAUCUUCUUUUGUGUUCAUCACAUCGCUCAUAUAAAAGCGGUUUUAGUGAGUGUUAAUGGAUAAAACAUCAGUGACCUGACCUCAUGCAUCCUCCUGCUCUGAAAAGUGCUUCACUUUGAAGCUUUAAUAUGAAGUCGAGAGGAGUUUACCUGCAGAGAAAAACAAAGAGCCUGAGCUGCAGCCAAACCUUCGCUGUCCUCCUUGAAUAAAGCAGCGCAUUCCCUCGCAGUGUAACCUUCAUGCUCGAGGGUAGGAUUGUUGUUCAUUUCACAAAACUGAGAAAAAGCUGAGGGCUGUCAAAGAAAGAAGAAAAGGCUCAUCUUCUGGAUUGUAAAAACUGACAAAAAUGUGUAUGCAUAAAGCUUCUAUGUGGUACUUAUUGAGGUAUUUACAUAUCUCCAUAUAAUAAUGUUGUCAGUCUCAAUACAAGAGUAUCGUCUCCUACUGUUUCUGCUGGCUUUGUCUAUGUGGUCAAGUGGUUUGAAUGCAAAAGAGGUGGAACACACAUCGGUCAUACUGAUGAUUGAGCUUUAUGUAACAGACACUCACAUCCAAGCUAACAGCCCACAUCCAGAUAUCUUUACUGGACUUCAACUACACUCAAUUGAUUUGCAAGAGAGAAGUCUGGUCCAGAACCCUGUGAGCUGCACCUGAAGCCUGAAGACGGUAGUCCAUCUCCCCCAGAGGCUGUAUCACCAUGACUCAUAGGUAUCACUCCGCCUGCAGCUGAACUGUUGUCUUUUAAACCUUGUGGUUUGGGAGACACAUUGGUGAGCUCUUCUGCUGUCCAUGGUGGUUUCUGCAUUCUCAGGAUAGUUUACGCCUCUUGAGUGACCUCACUUUUUUCAAGCAUAUUAUUUGAGCCAUUGAAAUCACCCAUUACACCUUAUGUAGUGGAGAAAUGCAGAGGUAUCAAAAUCUCAGGGUGUAGUAAUCUCAUAAUUUUCAGUCUAUGACUCAGGAUUCUUGUGGUGUUUUUUUUUUUUAAAGGACAAAAUCUCAGAAAAAUGCUGUUUGUGUAGCUCUGAGCUGUGAGGUCAAAAAGCCACAGUGGCAGAGAUGCUCUGUUUCACUUUAACCUCUGUAGAGAGCUGGUUAAGUGUCUGACUGAAGUGUGGCCAUGAUGAGGAUUUAUGCUUUGACUUCAUUCUGCUCACUAACCCCCAUAAUCCCUCAUUGUCCACCACAGAAAGUGUCCACAUGUCCUUUGGCUUUAUAUUCAACAAUCUGAAGUGUGUGAUGAGGUUGUCCCUGUGCUAUUAUUAAGAAUAAAUAACCAUUGUCGAGAGGUUUCACCAAUCAGAAUUGAGUAUUUAGCACAGGUGAACAGAAGAAAGCCAGGUGUAAGGUAAUAAUGUAUGUUAAUUGCCAAGGUGAACUGAUCCUGGAUCUGUCCGAACUGAUUCAAUUGAACCUCUGCUGAGACGGCCUCUGUCACCACUCACUCAGUAUGUGACUGAGUUGAAAACGAAUCUCCUCAAACAUGUUUGACCUAUUUUCUUGACUGUAUAUUAAACAUUGGUGUGUAGUAUGGACCAUAGACUUGACAGUCAGAGAUCUGGGGUCAUUGCACUUUAACCAAUAGAUGUGUUGUGACCUUUGGUGCAUAUUUAUGAAAGCUGAAAAGUUCAUUUCUGUCCAAAUAUAACGUAAUUUGACCUUUAAAAUGAUAAUAUUAUGUUUUAUCCUAUGGUUUGAGUAUUUGAUAGCAUUAACUGAGAGUUGAGGAUCCACAAAGCACCCCCACUGACAAGUCAAGGAAUAGAUGGGUCUCUUAAGUGGUCUUUAUUCAGUCCAUGUCUCACAAACUCAUCUGCUAAUUCCUUCCUAAAGAGGACUAGAAAAAUGUUGACAAACUAGGGCUGGGCAAUAAAACGAAAAUUUACCCAUACAGAAAUUUACAACAAUAACUGAUGUGACUUUGCCCAUUUCGGUAUAUUCGGUGACAAAUAAAUAAAUGAAUCAAAGUUGGUUUUGGAUGUGUGUAGGUAGGCUAUGGUUUCAUGUCCCUUUUAGACGCUGUCCUACGUCAGAGACGUGACUCCGCCCCAUCUAGUCUGCAACAAAGAGGGACAGACAGGUGAGGAGAUGGAGGACGGUUCAAAAGUUGUAGCGGCUGAAGUAGACGAAGUUAAUACGGGAGGGUAGUGAGCAGCUUGUGGAGUAGUUAUCAUCUAUUUAAACUGCUUAAUAUAUCCUGAUAUUGAUUUGAGGCCAUAUCACUCAGCUCUAUAACAAACUAUGAGACUUCUGUUAUUUGUCACAUCCUUUUGCACUGAUACAUCACUGACAUAGUGCCUCAGUUACAGGUGAAAACAGGCUGCAUAUUUGAGACCAGCACAGAGAAGAGUGCUUCAGUUUUGGGAAACAGCUUGUUUAUAUUUAUUUUACAUCUGGUGGAACUCUGUUUACACGAUCGGUGGUUGUAAAGGUAAAUUUAAUUUGAAUUAUCCUUGAGGGAGAUCUAUUUCAGACCCCAGAAAACACAUCUUUAGUAUGCAAACACAUGAACAAGCUGACAACAACAGUCUCAUACCUAAUUAAAAAACACAAAGUCUGUCGGCAGAGGUUAAUGCAUCCUAAUUGUCUUGGAGGAAUACUGUCUCAUGCCGACAUUAGCAACAUCUCCGAUUAGCGAUUAAAGAACGUGUUGAUGGGUAAUUUUUUGUGUAAUUAAAUUGACAAUCAUUCCAGGAAAAGUGAAGUCAUUUGAGACGUUUCUAUUUUCAUAUUUUAACGUCAUUUUGGGAGCUGGGAGUUAAUGAGCUGCAGUUAUGUCAGUCGGGCCCAGCAGUACAUUAUAUUUCAGUCAGGUGUGUCUGGCGAUGUAAAGUAAAUAUUACAGUUAUACAUGGACAAACUUCACUUCUUUCUCACAGGGGUCAUCUUCCCUCCACACUGUGAAAUGACCUGAUGCUGCUCAAAGGCACGAGAGCCCAAACACCCUCAGCUCCGGGCAAAUUGGAAGCAGAUGCUUGGCUAGUGGGGCUUCCUACUGGCUUGUGUUUAUGUUCUCGAGCACAUUCCUCUUCACCUCCUCCACGUGUCUGCCCUGCUGUGGCUGUGUCUGCACUGGUUGUCUUUACAGCUGCAGCCCAGAGCGGGGACCCGGGGGCCGUUAGAGUCUCAAAACCAGAGUCCCUUUGGUGAGUUUCAUUGGCUCUGGUUCUCGUGAACUCGAGACAGCUGGAAAUCGUUCUCUUGUCACGUUUGCUUAAAUAGAGCUCUUGUGGAGGAGACGGAAAGCCCUGUUGGGUCUGGAUAUCUUAUCGAACUCCUCCCUGACGUCCCGCUGUGGUUAUAAGUCAGUGAGUUUGGGCUUUGUCUUUGUCUUUUCUUGUGGCUGAGUUUAAAGUUUCUGUGUUUUUUCGCCUCUUUGGCUCCCAGACCGUUUGUUAUGCUGCUUGAUUACCACAGAGCAUUGGACAGACCCCAGAUAAUCUGGGCAACCAGCUGUGUCAUGUAAUAAAGGACCUUUUAAAGCGAGUCAAUGACGUCUUUUAAGAUACUGAUUUCAGCUAUACGAAGACAAAUGGUGCGCAACAUCUCGAGGAAAACGGUGCCUUAAAGCAUUUAUGCAGAAUCCACCCACACCAUAAAUCAUUCAGUAACACAUAAAUAUUACCCAUAAUGCUGCAGGUCCAUUGUGAAAGACUCCAGUGACCUCUUAAAGAUGCUUGCAGCCUGAGCACAUCCUGUCUAAAAUGUUCACAGUUUUUUUUUUUCCUGCUCAGAGAAAUCGGUUCUGAUUUCUUCUUCCAGGGCGUUUACAUCCAGACCACGUCCAGUUUCCCCGUCCAGGUCAGUCUGCCAGGGGAGAAGUAGGGCGGCCAGCAGAUGAAGAUGUUUGGAUUAGACUACUUAAGCCUCGAAGCAGAUUUUUGUGCCUAUGUGUCAGGCACCACGGUGUGAGUCACGACUCUGCAUCUCAGAGAUGCUGCUGCUGCUGUCAGGGAAUCCAGGGAUGAUCUGUGCAUGAUGGGCUAAAUAUGCAAUGGAUGGUUCUCUUCUGCUUUCUGAUCCAUCUGGGUUAAUCCAUAAAUCUGUAGGAGGAACGCCUCACAGAUUUAGCAUCACAAAUUGAUUUCAAAAUGUUUUCAAGGGCUAAGUUUUGAAAUCUCUCUUACCGGAUCAUCUUUCGCUUUAGAGGAGCCCAGAAAUUCUUGUAAACACCUUUUACUAAAAGGCUUCAACUCCAGGUGUGGAGGUUUUGGCCCUGAUUCCACAGUUCUUCGGUAAUUGCACCCAAGUGCCUCAGAUUAGAUGAUCAGAAGCAAAUCAGCACUCAAUCCUGUGAGUGCUUAUCGCUCUGUGUGGAUUCUCAAGAUGUGCUGAUGUGUUGCAGAUGCUCAAGUGGGAUCCAUUAGGUGAAACAUCUGGAUCUGUCUGCAACACCAAACUCUGCUGUGAGGAUAUACUCUACAGUGGCAGUAGCCGCAUUCAAAGGCCAGAUUAUGGGGGAAGAUACUGGAAAAAUGAUGAGGUUAAAGUAGGGCUGGGCGAUAAACUGAAAAUUUACCAAUACCAAAAUUUAUGACAAUAACCAUUUUGCCCAUAUCGGUACAUUCUGGUGUUGUAGUACUAGAGAUCUUAGUGUCAUCUCGGAAUCGAAGGCAUUUUCACUCGGUCUUGUCUCGGUCUUGGAGUGAGCAGACUCAUGUUUUUGAACAAGACCGGUCAAGCUAAUAACUUCACAUCAUUGGCAAUAAUGAUUCUCCCCCAGCUGCUAAGUUACCUGCUCAGUGUCACACAGUCUGAGUUACUGACACACCCCCUCCAUACAGAGAGAGGAUGGAGACGACAGAAGGAGAGGAGAUUAAGUUUGGUUUCCUAAACCACAAGGAGUUUAUUUGUAAAAAGACAUGCAAGCGAAAACACUCGGCAGUGUGCAAAUUCUGCAGUGCACAACUCACAGAAACAGCUGGUAAGACUUCAAACUUUUACCGUCACCUCGAGAGGAAGCAUAAAGACAGGUAAGCUAACAGUUACCAUACAGUAGUUUUGUAGUACUCAAGAUCGGUCUUUGAGGGUUUUUGUGUCGUCUCCGAAUCGAAGGCAUUUUCACUCGGUCUUGUCUCGGUCCUCUCUGGUCUCGGUAAUGUCUUGGUCUCGGUAGGUGCGGUUUUAACUACAACACUAGUAUAUUCAGUGUCAAAUAAAUAAACAAAAGUUGGUUUUGGAUGUGUGUAGGUAGGCUAUGCUCUCAUGUCCUUUUAAGACACUGUCCUACGUCAGAGACGUGACUCCACCCCAUCCAGUCCGCAACAAAGAGGAGAUGAAGGACGGUUUAAAAGUUGUAGCGGCUGAAGUAGACGAAGUUAAUGUGGGAGAGGGUGAGCAGCAGGGGGUGAGUAGUUAUCCAUCCAUUCGUCCAAUUUAUCGUUAUAGAGGUAAACUACUCAAUAUAUCGUGAUAUUGAUUUGAGGCCAUGUCGCCAGCCGUAGAUCAUAGCUAAUCCAGUAAAGCAGUUUGAUUGAUUGUAUGUUUUUAGUUUGUUUAGCACAGUGGUUCUCAAGUCCAGUCCUUGAGGCCCACUGUCCUGCAUGUUUAGGAUGUUUCCCUGCUCUAACACACCUGAUUCAAAUGAUCAGCUCGUUAUCAAGCUCUGUAAUGGCUUAAUAACGAGCUAAUCAUUUGAAUCAGGUGUGUUAGAGCAGGGAAACAUCCAAAACAUGCAGGACAGUGCGCCUUGAGGACUGGACUUGAGAACCACUGGUUUAGCAGAAGCACAUUGGAUCAGUAGGUCUUGUUGGCUUUAAGUUUCUGAGGGAGGAACUCUUCUGUGCUUGUUGUAGCUCGAUGUCCUCUCUCUUGUUCUUGUAGUUUUGAAACCAGAUGGACUUGUUCGAGAGUGCUCUUUGAGGUAUAUCUUGUGUAGUGUGCAAACUAAGCCUGCAGGAUAUGCAAUAAAUCAGCGGCGUGUUCUUCCGUUGUUCAAAAGUGUGACGUGGAUGACAUGACGUGUCUAUUGUAAAUAUCAGCCAUGAGGCUUUUGCGCUCGCUUGCCUCACUUUGCUGCAGAAACGACGACAGCUCAUCUGUUGGCAGUUCAACGACCUAUUUGAGCAAACAAUAAUAACGCAUGCAUCCAGGGCUCCUUCGGUAACAGCUGACUUUCUCAUGCAGUGCGUGUUUUCAUAUGCAAAUGGGUGUUUUGAAGAGUUCAGGUCGAAGUGAAGAUAGAAACGGUGAAAUCUGGAAUACAUUUUUCACUCUGUCACCUCUGUCUCUUCGGUGAACUCCACAAUGAUGAUUUCUUCUAUUCUCGAAAAUGUAGGGCAGGCAGAAAGCAGGUUGCAGACAAUAACAGCAGUCCCACAUAAGCAGUGUAUGCAAUCCUUAUGUAAUGUGUGCCACAGUGCAGCCGCAGUAGUGUGCUUUUGUAUUUUUAGCGCCCUGCCAGCGUGGUGGGGAUGUGUAUCAUUCCUUGGCCUGUCAUGUGGUCAGUCUAACAGGGGAGGUGGUACACCAGAACCCUGUGCUGUGGAAAACUGGGUCACCUUUUCAUGUUACAGUUGGGUCUAAAUGGGGGGUUAACUGUACUUUCUGUGUGUUUCAUGAAAUAAUACCCACGGCUGUUUCUGCCAGAUGAGUUUCAUGCAAAAAUCCCUCUGGCUCCAUAAAGACUCAUGGAUUUGCAAGAAAUGAGAUAGCUGCUAGAAGGGCCAACACCCUUUGUUAUUGCACCCCUCCUUUAUUAUGCAUGAUGGUAUUUUUUUAUGGUUUGCAUGUGCUUUGAAUUUGUCAUGAAAUGAGAAGGACUGACCCAGGAUUAGACUGAAAGUUUUAUGUGCUUACCAUGCGUUUGACGGAGCCACACAGGUCGACCACUCGAGUUUCUGCCUUUUGUCAAGUCCGUGCUAAUACAAGAAUGUGACCCCGCAACCUUGAGCUCACACACAGACAGAAAAGCUUCAUCAAUUUCUCACCUCUUCUUCAGGCUGUCUGUCAUCCUGUCAGCCUCCCCACACACACAUGCUCACAUGACAGAGGAAAUCUGGGGGUGCAGAAGGAAUGUGUGUGUGUUUGUCCCCCCACUAUUUUUGAUUUUCCUCAGCUAUUCUGUUUUUAUGCCAAUAGCACAGCUGUAUUUGUAUAAAGUAGUACUAAAAAGUAGUAUUUCUUUGCAUUUUCUGUUUUAUCAUCUGCUCGAUUCCCAAGUAAAUAUUCCUGAAGUGAAACCAGCACAUGUCCCACAUCCUGUCCUCUGGGUGUUGCUCCAGUGUGUUCUAUCUCAGGAACAUUUAUGAGUUAGCUGUGUGUUGGACAGGAUGUUGAAUGUAGACUGUGGUCCUUGGCUCAGGAUGCUUAGACAGAUGUGAAGCCCUCAGGGCGGCUGCGGCCACUCUUUGAACAUGCAUUUCCCAACCUAUAUCCCACCCAGACCCUCUCAUUCUCCACAUGACAGAAAUGCUUACGUUGCUCUUAUUGCUCCCACAGCAUCAUGUUUUGAUCGGCUGUUGAUGUGAGGUGAUGUAGCGUCAAUAAGAAGAAAAGUUCACAUGGAGGAUGUCAGGGUGUAACCUGAUGAGAGUUCACCCAAAAGUCAUCACUCACUUCUUGUUUACGCUCUUUUUCUGGAGCCCAUUUUGCUCAGCUGGUAGACAGCAUGUCGCACGUGUGAAGGAGUGGUCACACAGUGGUCUUGGUCUUGUCUUUUUACCCCUGAGCCCUGACCUUUUAUACACGGUAUCCCAUAGUCUGUCCUCUAUUUCCUGUCUAUCUUGAUCUUCCUGUAUUGAUCUGAGGUGAAACGGCGAAAAGAUAACUCUUGAUAAUUCAGGAUACCAUCUGUUGGUAAGGCGAUCAAGACUGGUUUCUGUUGAAGACCAGGUUCUGCAUUCUUUAAAACCAGACAGUCAUUGACAUUUGAGCUGAUCAAUACUGCUAUUGAGACUCAUGGUUCUAGGAGAUUAUCAUACAUUGAUUGUCUGACAGUUUAUGUAUAAAAUCCAAUUCCCAGCUAACAGAUAUUAUUUCACACAAAGAAGACACCUUUGAUUGUCUCUAGGUUGGACUGUUUUCCCUGCAGCAUCAUGAAGCUUUUACCUGACUAACUUUUGUGUUAAAAUGAUCAUUUAGGGGUCAUGUUAUUGUAUUUAUUAGAUGUGGGAGAAAAAUUGAUACAGCAUAGUAUCACAAUAUUUUGUCUGGUGAUAUAUCGUAUCGCCUCAUUUACCAAGUAUAUAUUUUUUUCAAGUUAAUUGCUAAUAUGAAGUCAAAUCUAUGAUAAUGGAAAAAUAAAAUCAUCAGCUGUUUGUCCAGUGAGGUUGGCAGAGGUGACAUCCUAGAGCAGGAGAAAGUUAGUACAACAAAUAUAUAUGAAAUAUUAGCAAGAUGUGGUACGUCAAAAUAAAAUCCUGAGUAAAUAAGACAAACAUAAAGGAAGACAAAUGCUAAAUUAGCUAAACGGAUUAGGAAAUUGUAUAAAUCACAAUAUAUCGCAAUACUCACUGUAUUGCAAAAUGGUAAGACUCGCAAUAAUAUUGUAUCGUGGCCCAAGUAUCGUGAUAAUAUCGUAUCGUGGGGCAAUUUCCUGAUGGUAUAUCAAAAUAUCAGGUUACUUAAAGGAUACAAAACUCAGCACUGAUGUCAUUGGUGUCUAAUCUGAAUGAAAGUGUUUUUAGGGUGCUGUAUUUCACUAAAUUAAAAUGUUGACACUUAGCUCAGGUAUACAAUGAUCAUGUCGCACAAGUUAGCGUGCCAGAUUCUUGUCAGAUCGUUUUUUUCCCUCUCAUAUCAUAAAUCUGCUUUUUUUCAGGUCUCAGUGGACAACCUUGUAUAUCCAGAGCUGCAAACUUGACAGCUGUAAUUAGAUACUUAAACUGUUAAUUGUACUUUCCUCCACUCUGUUUUAAAAGUCUUUACAGGAAUUUACAUAUUUGAUAUUGCAAAUGGAUUACUCUACUUUUGGAUCACAACCAGGCGCAGACGCUAUUAUUACCACUUGUCAUUAGUAAGUGGACUGCUUUCCUUGAUUUCAGCGCAGCCCAUUGUUGAAUAUGUCUUAUUGAUAGCUUGAUAGAUCUGUUUUUAAACUCUGACCUGCUGUUUCGCAUUCAUUGUGGCUCAUUUGCCCGCUUAAUCGUCUUAGUCUAACCAGACCUUCUUAAUUUAUUAUCGCUUAGUCAACAAGAAGACCCUGUGUGUGUAAAACUGGGCAGCCCCACAGCAUCAUAUUUCGAGGUGUCCUGCCAUUGAUAAAGCAGCUGUGCCCAACAAGGUAGGAGGUCUGAACUUGUUUGAUAAUCUUGGGACAGCUGCCAGUUUAAGGACAGAUUUCAUGUGAUCUUGCCUGAAGGUCCCGCUGCCGUAAGAGGAAUCAUCGGGCCUCAGGCGAAGGUCCACCUCGCUUACUGCACUCCUCUUUUUUUGUGCCUUAUCAGGGCUGACCAGACAUCAUUUGGCGUAGAAAAUCACCUCCCCGUGACUGUUUUCUCAUCAGCUUCUUACUGUGAGGAAGUGGUGAGAUGCAUUUGUAAUGUGAGUGCAGGAGCCAGGACACAGCGAACCAGCGUUUUCUCACCAUCUGUCAAUAGCUGGAAGUGAUAAUCAGAGAAAGACAAACAACUGUCCCUUUAUUUGGUUACAAGCUUAGCUCAUUUACUCAGCAAAUAUCAUUUCAUUAUAACAGUCAACACCCAGCUCUGGUAAGAUUUAUGCUAAACAACACUUUUCUUGGCUGAAAUGUCACUGGGAUUAAAGGAGAACUUCACUGUUUUUAUUUUUAUUCUUCUUGACAGUCAGAACAGCAACAAGUGUCACAAGAGCACAUUUACCUGAAAUGUUGUCAUCACAGCAGAUGAUGAAAGACAAAGACAAAUAAAAAUCCAGUGAUGCAGCAGUGGAGGUCAAACUCUGGAGAGAUUGUGCGUUUUCGAUCUCUUCUGUUCUAACGACAGUCUCUGAAAGAAAGGAGCUCCUAACAGUUUCAUGUAUCCGUUUCUUACACAUGCAGCUUUUUCACCUUCCUCCUGAUCCCACACACUCAGAUCAGCGAACACCUCCUGCUAAUUAAACCUCUCUUUGCACGCCCUCGGUCUUCACAUGGUUGGAAUCACAGCUUGUCCACUUAAAUUAUGGAGAAUUCAAAAGAGCAGAAAGUCUGGAGUCAGAAAAUCUGCUUGUAAUGAAAUGACUCUCUGGGUGAGACUCUGUCACUGUCUGUAACACCAUCUUGGGAAUGUUUUUAAAGGGAACUCCCUUUAAACGCUGUAUUUCAUACAGAUGUGGCUGGUUUUCCCAGGCACAGCAUUGCACGCUUUGGAAAAACUGGUAACCAUCACAGCUAAGUCGUUUCUCUUCCAGCCUGGAAGCUGUAAAACAGAAAUAUAACAGUGACAUAUUUAAUACUUGAGCCAAAAACAUGAUUUCUUUUUCUACCUUUAUUUUUCAGCCAUCACAUUUCUUUUGACACAGGUACUGAUAGAAGUAUAAAGAAGGUUGUGGUUCAGGGUCAAACAGGGCUUAGAUAAUAACAUAGACGAUUCAAAUCCCAACAUUGAGGAAGAUUUUUGAUCUUGUAGAAAUGUUAGUUCAGCCUUGUUUAGUAGGAAUUAGCUCCACUUAAGUCCACCCUUCUAAUGGUGAGUCAGAUGCUUUUGCUUCUUGCUCAAGGUUCUGUGUCACUGUAGCCUUUUUGUAGAGAGCUGGUUAUAGUGUUUGACUGAAGUAUGGCCAUAAAGGGACCGUAUACUUCUUUGGCUGUUAACUAACCUUCUGAAUCCUUCAUAGUCAACCACAAAAGAUGGCCAACAUGUCUUUGGUUAUAUUCAACAACAUAAAGUAUCCAGUGAUCUCUUGAGCUCUCCCACCUUUGCGUUUGGUUUGUCCGUCACGUUUUUGUCAGAUUUGAAAUUUGAUUUCAAAACUGUCAACAUUCUUUGCCCAAAAUACUGGUUUGAUGAUUUUUGCUGAGGCAUUAGCAAGGAAAAAGAGGAUGAUGAUGGACUCUCUCCAUGCUCUAAAACUACAUUUACUGAGGAGAAGACCAAUUAUUACAUACUAUCACAGGUCUGUGAUGAUAAAAAACAUCUUUGAUUUCCUGAUAUCCUAAAAUUGACUACACCAUUGCACCGUUCCAGUUUGGUUGUACAUGUUUUCCAGGAUAAUAGUUAUUCUCUAAAAGUUUGAUCAUUGGUAAGAGUUAUUUUAGAAUCUAAAGAAGAGUUAAUUUGAUGUUUCUGUUAGCAGAAAUGUUACAAGGAGCGAAAUCUGAGAGCAUCUUUGUGAAUUUAUGACGACAAAAUGAUCUUUGUAUGCAGUAGGGCCAGAGUGAUAUGGAUUUUUGGGGCCAAUGCCGAUACUGAUUAUUAGGGGGGGAAAACAUCCGAUUACCGAUUAAUUGGCCGAUUUUUAAAUUUUUUAUGAAGUUAUACUGUAGAUAUGUGGGGGAUACUAUAUAUUGUAGAUAUACUGUAGGCUACUGCUCUUAACGCCGACAAGAAGACCGACUGAACAAACUCGGACUCAGACUCGGACUCAGACCCCCCACGCGUCGCCUCAGAUCGGUGCCUCCGCGUCUUAACUCACGUUCCUCAUUUCCGGUCCGCUCUCAUCUGGAGACAUGCAGCUGCCUCAGUAAAAGAAGUAGCGUGAUCACUAAUGUGUACUAUUGAUUAUUCUACCAUUACUGGCACGGCUAACAGUGUAGCAAGGCUAAUAGCAGGUGGCUAACUCUAACUUGAGCUUGCAUAUUACAUGGUGCUUCACCGUUAACUCGGCGUGACCGAGACCAACACAGCAGGGAACAUGGUAAGGUGGGCUGAAUCAGUCGGGCCCUAGUUGGCGGUAAUGAAGUUUGACAUCUUUGCUAUUUAACGGGUGGUUGUUAGGACAAAAAACAGAUGUUAAAUUUUCGAUUCUGUUUGUGUCAGUGUGGCGUGGGACUGAAACUUUUAUCUUUGUGCAAAAUUCCUAAUUCUGUAUAAGACCAGCCUGUAAGAUAAUGAAACAGCCAUCACACCCCCUUUGAAUCAUGCCAACAAAUGUCUGAUUGAAUAGAAAAAUGAAGAGCUGUCUGAAUCAUAGUUGUUUUUUUUAUUUAAGGCUGUAAUAAUUCAGUUUCAUGCAGGGUUGGGAUCUUUGUUGCACGCCUGCUUGCAUGCUCACGUGCCGUGAUGUUCAGCCUCGAUUCCUGCCAGGAAGUCACAAAUUAAUUUCUGUAAUGGGGGCUUGAAUAGGACUCAACUUGAAUUAUUCUUUGGCAACUCUGACUCCAGUUUGAACGCUGGGGGGACUCGAUACUUGGCACCCGGUCAGGUUACUUUCAGUGUGAGUAAACAUUUCUCAUACAAGAUGUCAGGAACGCCACAUGUUUCUGUGUUUUUGCAUGAAUGUCCAAGAGAAGUGCAGAAGUACAAGCACGGGGGGAGAAGUUCCAUUUUUAAUCCAGAGACCCUCACGUCCUGGAGGGUGGAGUGUCCGCAGGAGGUUGAAUGAUGACUCUGGUCACUGAGGCUGACUGAGAUUGAAGACCACCACACCCUGAAGAAAAAACUCCUCCAUAAAACAAAACUGGAACACCAUAUUUCUCUACUGCUCAGCACAUUUUGUCAGACUUUAAUGCAAAGUGUCGGCCUGCUUUGUCUGGAGAGGGAAGAACAUUAUGUAACUUCUUUUGAGAACAUCACAUCACAUUUAAAUUUGGGCUCCAGGCUGUAUCCUGCACACAGACUGAAUGAGAAAGGUUUUUACAUUUCACUCUGUUCAGUCUUUUCUUUGAGUUUCCUUCAGCUUGAUUUCAUGUGGGCCACUGCAGGUUAUCUUCUGGAGUGAUGUAUUAUCUGUGAUUUAGUCGUUUUGAGUGAAAAGCUCUGCGCUUAGUUGAUCUGCAGGAAACCAAACCCGAACCCUGAAGCACUACAAAAGUCUGCUGCUGUUCAUUUUUUACAGACAGACUCUCAGUUUAAUGAGUAUUCGCUGCACAUUUUUCUCAAUUUCAAACUCGGAUCAAAUUGCAUCACAAUAAAAAAGCGGAUUCUCCCACAGAAACGGAUGAAAAUGGCAAAAAGAAAGCAGAGACCCUUGAACACAUCGUUUUUGGCAAAGCCUCAAGCAGCUGCUCUUUGAAGACCUGCCACAGUUCAGCCGCUCCUCACACCACUGAUUUCCUCUCAAUUGUGUCUUUGCUGUUGAACUUUUAGCAGUUUGGUCUCAGACCAUCAUCCCAGGGGUCCUGUUUGUUUCCUCUGUUUUUUUUUCCGAUGCCUUUCUCUGAGAUCACGACGAGAUAGCAACCAAGCUGUGGUCAGCCUCAGAACUGGAUCAGGAUCACACUGUUUCCCUAAAGGGUUGUCACAGAGUUAGUUGAUCAUCCAUCUGUUGUUGAGGCAGAAACUGCUCUCCUGUUGUGUUUGUGAUUCAACCGAGGGACUUUGUUUGACUUCCCUCUCCUCUUUACUGAUCCGAGUUAAUGUGCCUCUCUGCAGACGGAGUAAAGGAUAUGCAGUCAGGACCUGUCCCCUCUAGGCCCCUUUUCACACAGAUGAAGUCAAAUACAGUUUAACACCCGGCUUAACAGGCUCCAUGAUAUCACAGAGUUUCUCAUCAGCAGGUUUUCAUGUGGAGCUGGUCUGUAAUCGAAUCACCUCGCUGCUCCGGGUCUCGGUGAGCAAACAGGCUUCGACUCUGCUGGUCUAGUUUUCAGAGUCAGGGUAAAGUUCAAAUCCUCCAAAACUAACUGUCCUCUGUAGACCCACCCCGUGUUGUGUCCUUGAGCCAGGACGCUGAACUCUUUAGCUGAUCAUGUGAACCAAAGUGUCUCUGAUCAAAGUCUGUUAGCGAAAUGUUUAAACCCCUAAUGGCGGCCUGGUACCUAGCGGCCGCUCUCCUCCUCACAUUGAACCCUCUCUCUUUAUUUGCCCUUCCACUGUCCUGCUCUGACUUAGAUUUAUGACUGUUGGAUUUUUGAUUUUACUGCCAAAGCAAGGACGUAAGAACCGUCUGUACCUGCAACAACAAUGAAAAUUCAUCCUCUCUCUCUCUCUCUCUCUCGCUCUGUUUCUCUCUUUGUCUCUUCCUUUCUCCCCGUGCAGGCAGCCGGCGGGGAUGGGAGAUGAUGGAGGACAAAGGCCCUCGUGUAGCCGACUACUUUGUGGUGGCCGGUCUGACGGACCCGUCCAAGCCGUUGGACCAGGAAAUCCACUUUGAUGAUGUCUGCCACAAGACGGCCAAGCCGAAAGCUCCCAUCACCGAUGUGGCCUUGGUCAUCAACUCGAUGGGCGAGGAGGCGCCGCCAGGGUUCACGUGUAUACAGGAGACGCCCACCGGCCAUUUAGCUGACCUGAACAGCGGGGGCCUCAUGGCUCCUCAGAUCUUCUUGUGCUACAGGCGGGGCCGGGACAAGCCGCCUCUCACUGAUCUGGGGUAAGAACCGAGCGUGUCUCCUUCACCCUUGUGGCCCAAGUGGUGCUCAAACAAGACAAAGAACAAAAAACAUUUGUGUGUUAAUUUACAGUUCAAUUCAGCCACCUGUCUCUGCAAGACUUAUACUGAUAGUUUGAAGACUCUGCUCCUGAGUGGUGAGAGUGCAGGCUGGUUGGUCCAAUUAUUUCAUUCCAGCUACAGAAAUAAUCCAAAGAAGUCGGUACAGACUGUUCUCUUAUUAUCCUCCUCGUCUCACAAAUGUAUCAUGGCGCCAAACCCAAUAACUGCGGUGAAAAUGUGUUUCAGACCAGAGUGGUGGACCGACACAUUAAAGUGUAAUUAAUGCUGCUCGUAUGAGUAAGAACAAAACAUAUAACAGUUUGAAAGGUUUGUAAAAAGUAUUGCAGUGCAACAUAUUGUCUAAAAAGUUUGAGCAACCACACAGAUAAAUGACCAAAAUUCAGUCCAGCACAAAAUUCAUGUUCUUUCGCUUCAGAACAUUACCUCCAUCUUUUUUUCCAAUGUGACCUUGAUGGGAAAGAAAAGAAAUGUUGUGGAGAUAAUAGCCGACUCAUUCUUUUGUGUCUUCAGACGCUGAUGCAGCUAAAGCUGUUCUGGAGGGACCGCUCUAAAGAAGUGUUUGUAAUGGUUUUAAAUUGAAGCUGGAUAUACCAAGAGGCAUUUUCUAUUUGCAUAAUCAGACUGAACAGCAGAAUGAUUUUAGGGUUAAAGGUGGGGUAGGCAGGAAUCCGUUAAAGAAGCAUCUUUUUUGUGGUGUUUAUACAAAUAAAGCUUUUAAUAUCAGUCAGUAGUUAUUAGUUAUUGAUGACAUUUGGGAAUAUCAUGAUAUCGCUGUGGUUUGUUAUGUCUGUGUAAACAAAGCCAUUCUCCUAUCCUGAUUGGUUAUGAGGCAGACGCUGCUCCCCUGUGUCGUUCACGAGCCCAAACAAAGUUAGCGUGCUACGAUAUCUGACAGAAGAAACCAACCAGAAAGUUCGGAAAAUUGUCUGAAUCCUCCUUUGGCCACGACUGCCGACACAAGCAAGAAAACAAAGUAAAUAUCAGAGACCCUGGAGGAAUAACGGGCGCUUAAAACGGAGUAGACCGGACAAGAGCUAAAAAGCCGGGUCAACAUAAACGAUGGGGGACGCUUGGGGAUCUUGGUGACCCUGUAACCUUUCUGCUGGACAGGUAAACCGCUUUAACAAAGUAAGACAAGUGUCUGUAACAGAAGUGUUUCUUGUCAAACGGACCUGCUGUAGCGUGUUGUAGCGCCAUCGCUAAACUGUUGACCUCGGGUCCUGGACUAUGUCACUUUAUCCUAGUUGUAGAAGUCCUGCAAACAUUGUGUUUGCUGGUAGUCUGUUGGCAUCUACAGUAGCACCAAUGCUUUUGACUUUCACCUUGACUGGGCCCCAUUUGUAAUGAUCUGAAGUAUUUAGCUGCAUUUUAUCUGAAUUUAACUGGAACGAUAUGAGCGAGCAGGAGCGUCUGUUUGUGGGCGGGGCUUAAGAGAGGGAGGGGAGAGGAGGAGCUGAGGGGAAAACUGGUUGGGAGGGGAAGAGUUUACAUUCAAGAUUUCUCCUAAAAACUGGCACUUCCUCAGAUCCUGACUACCCCACCUAUGAGUCAAAGCUUUUACGCUAAAACACGGACGAGAUCAGGACUGAAGUUGCAGCCCCUUCUCUUAAACUCUGAUAAAAGUGAUGCUUUCUGAAAACAUGGUAAUGCAGAUUUUUCCUGGACAACUCUGAGCCUCUUACUCUAUUGUGCAGUUGUGCUAUUUACGCACUGCAGCAUGCUGUACCCAUUAUUUCUCUCAUUUCUAAUGAUAAUCAGCAAACACUGAGGCUAUUUCUGUAACUGUCAGAUUUCUUCCCCGCUGUGCCUCGCUGUUGUGGUCCCCGAUGGAAAAGUCGUCCAUAUCAUGUCUGUUCUUAAAAACCCUCAGCGCUCUGCUCUGCUUUGCUCUGCCUGAAAAAAUCCUCCCGUGCAGCACUUUUUUUUUUUUCCUUCUCCACAGCAGUCAGUUUCUGUCUGCCUUGCAGCUGUUCCACUUUUGUGAUUUUUGCAACAAAAAGUGAAACGGUGUGAAAGCUGCUGUUACAGGUGUCGUCCUCAGCAACAUCUUUGGAGGUGUGGGAAAUCAGCGCUGCUGUUUGUUGGGAGCGCUCACACCUCAGGCUGGCAGAGGCAGGUGGUGACAAUGCUAAGGAGGCUCAUGUUGGCCUCUGACACUACAGAGUGCAGUGCUUAUCAGGCACUGACACAGAGGCUGCACAGACGCUAUCAGCAGCUUUGUGUGCUGAAAGCUCAGAGAGGCUGCACUUCCCAGACACUGUGAGACUAAUGGGAAGCUGACGUGUGUGUGUGUGUGUGUGUGUGUGUGUGUGUGUGUGUGUGUGUGUGUGCAUAACUCGACAUCAUUUACAUCCAUCUUUACUUAUUGCUUCAUAUGAUGGUGAACCGUUUCUCAUGCAGCAGAGGGAAUCAUCUGUAAGCAAUCAAUCUGGCCUCAUUCAAUACUCAGGGCUAGGAAAGGUUACAGGGAACAUUAGCACCUCUAAGGUUUCAACCAGGAAACCGGUGAGCGGAGGUGGUAAUCCACCCGGACACCGUCACAUGCCAUUUCAUCAUCGCUUUAGUCGGAGUGCAAUAACACCUCUGCUCUGCUCUGUCUCUCUGAAGACCUGAUCAAAAAAAGAGACUCUGCAGGUUUCCAUGUGAGAGGAACACCACGUUGUUUUUCUGUUUUAUUUGAAUGUCAACACUUUUAAAGAAGCUUGCGGCGUCUUUGAUCAAAUUGAAGCAACAACUGAAUUGCUGUCCUCAUAAAUGGACUCAAUUCUAAUUUCUGUCGUCGUCUCUGCUGAAGGCUAACCAAUAUUCAUCUGAUUAGACAGUGGGAAACAGCCCUGAUGGUGUUUUCUGCCGAGUUUAAUUCCUUUUUUCACCCAAGGCAUUCAGAGUGUCAUGAAAAAACAUGAUCAUGUGGAAACAUUGGGAUUGCAAGUGGCAGAGCUUUGUGCAAAAACAGGUUUUCAUCUUUCUCUAUUGUGGUACCAUCGUUUUUCUGCCACUCCAGCUUUUUGGAGGUGCUCUCAGUGUCUGAUUUAACACACGGUUUCUUGCUGCUCUGUCAAUACAAAAGCACGCCAUCUGCAUUCACCCAAAGGGAGGGACUGCAUCAACACAAAACAGUUCGAUCCCGCAGCAGAGAAAAAUGUCCACACAGUGUUCGGUCCUGCUGCGAGCGGAGCCCAAUCACUGCAGCCGCGAUGGUUACCAAACUGAGAAACAGACAGAAUGAAAAUCCCCACCACAGCCGGCCACUUUAAAUGCUUUUCUCUUUUCAUUUACUACCGCACGCUGCCUGUUGAGCUCCACUCGAAACAGUAAUGGAGGAUAAGUGCAUGAUGGCAGCGCAAAGAAGAAUGUUUUAAAAUGACUGCUUCUGUUACGUACCUCUGAGUGCCCGUCCUCUAAGUGGUUUGUGUGAGUGUUCUCUGGUGCCUCAUUGUAAAGCUGUGCUGCUGGGUUAAUAUGUUUUGACAAAGUCUGAUGAUCCAUACAUUAAUCUUCAUGUUUAUGGACUGGCAGGUACAACAAAAUUCAAUUUUCUUUUAGAUUUUUAGCGUCAGAUAUUAUGUCUUUAAAAUCACAUCCCUAACAAAAUAAGAGAAAACUCUAUUUUGAACUUCAUUACACAAUCAAGCCCAUUUGUAGAAGAACGAAGUGCAGGGACUAGGGCUGGGCGAUAAACCGAAAAUGUACUAAUACCGAAAUUUAAAGCAAUAACUAGAGGAUGACAUUUUUCGGGAAUUCCCAUGGGUCAUGUGAUUCCUGCAGGAAUCUCAUGGGAUGGGAGUCAUUUUUUAAUUAAUCCUAUGAUCGGGAUGGGACGGGAAAAAAAGCAACAGGAGUGGGAACAACAUUAAUAGAUGAUCAUUUUCAGCCGUGUUAAACAACCAGAUGAAUAGAUGCGUCCAUUUUUGUAGUCAUCUCUCAGUGAGAGCCAACACUCUUGACCGCGCUAGCAACACAAAAGAACUACAACAGUGGUUUGACUUCCUGUCACCACCGGAAGUGAAAAGCCACUCCGAGCGGCUGCAGGCGACACACAUAUUAUGUGUGCGCUUCGACUCGGCUGCCACUUUUACCUUAAAAUUUUUUAUUUUAGGUAAAAGUGCAGUGCAUAUUAUGCAUUGCACUUUUACCUAAAAUAAAGAAAUGCAACGUUCUUUCAACAUGUUGGGUUUUAUUUAAAGGGGAGCUCUAUAACCAACGUCAUUUUGCCCGUGUCAAUAUAUUUGGUGUCAUAAAUACCAAUAAAUAAAUAAAUCAAAGUUGGUUUUGGACGUGUGAAGGUAGGCUAUGGUCUCUUGUCCCUUUAAGACGCUGUCCUACGUCAGAGACGUGACUCCACCCCAUCCAGUCCGUAACAAAGAGGGAAAGACAGGUGAGGAGAUGGAGGACGGUUCAAAUGUUGGAGCAGCUGAAGUAGCCGUAGUUAAUGUGGGAGGGGGUGAGCAGCUUGUGGAGUAGUUAUCGUCCAUGUAUCGUUAUCGAGGUGAACUGAUCAAUAUAUCGUGAUAUUGAUUUGAGGCCAUAUCAUCCAGCCUUAAACAGACUGGCAGGUACAACAAAUUUCAAUUUUCUAUUAGUUUUUUCCCGUACAAAAAAAAAAAGAGAUAACUCUAUUAUGAUCUUGAACGAAGUGCAUGGACUGCUUGCUGUGCCUCAUUUCAUUUCACAGCUCUGAUCUCCUUUUGUUUUAAAUUCUGUGCAAACUCAUGGAGCUUCUGUGCAGCAUGAAUAAAACAAGCUGUUGUUUAUACACUUCACUGCGAAAGAUGGCCAACUACAAAGAAAUCAGAGCGCUCACUGAUUUAAGCUACAGUUCAGACUCACAAACAACAUCACAGCGUUACAUCAUUACAAUCAUUUCCCCCUCUUUGUGUUUUUUUAUGAGCUCAUAUAUCUUUCUAUUAAUCGCAUUAGCUCUGCUCUGCUGGAGAUGAGGUGCUGCGCCUGUAUUAAGCUUAAUCAUCUCUGUUCUGUCAGCCAGUGCAUGCUGGGACAAAUGCCCACUUCAGGACCUCCACCUAAUUGGCUCAAUGAAAUCAUGAUGGCAUAUUGUGUUGAUUAAUCCUGCAUCCCAAUCAUUUUAUUACCUACACUGUUGAUAAUGUUGAGUGCUAUAUCACCCCCCCCCCUGCAGUGUAUUGUACGAGUGGAAGGAGCGGCUGAAGCAGGGCUGCCAUCUCAUUCAGACCACGCCAUCCGGUCGCCCCGCCAACAUCAGCGGGAACUCCUCUCAGCGCAUCUAUAUCACGUAUCGCCGGGCGCCUGAGAGCCAGCCGCACACGGCCCUGGCUGUGACAGACAUCUGCAUCAUCAUCCCGAGUAAAGGAGAGACGCCCCCGCACACUUUCUGCAAGGUGGAGAAGAACCUGAACAGCAGCAUGGUGAGAGAAAGAGACGCUGGUGGACAUAAAACCAACCCCAACACAGCUUUAGAGUCUGUGUAGUGUGCUUUUUACAGUCUGGGAUCGGCUGCAACAGGAAACAUCAAUAUUUGUGAACAGUUCCUCACAGAUUUCUCCCAAGAGAGAAACUUUUCGCAGAAAUGACACGCCGCCCAGUUGUUCAAAAGUUUAAUCUGGAUCAGUAUGAUUCAGGUUUACAAAUUCUUCUCUAUUAUCUGUCUCAUAUCAGCAAAUCCUGUUUUACCAGAGCUCUAAAUGAAGAACAAGAGAGAUUCAACCAUUAUUUGGUCAUUUGAAACCAAACAAAGAAACCUUUAAAAGAAAUCAGCUGUAUUUUAUUAAAAAAUUUUUUACUUAUAACCUGGCUGUCUUAAAUACUUGAUUCUGAUUGGUCAAACCCUAAGGGCUCUAUUUUCGUGCCCGCCAGCAGCGCGGCGGAGGGUGGCCGACCCAGCACAGUGGUAUUUUCGUCUGGCAGAGCCCGGUGCAAAGCCAAUUUGGUAUUUUCAUAGACUGAGGCGCACCGAGGUCCACCAAGCUGGGUGUGGUGGCGCAGCAGGGGGAGGUGUUGACAGAAUCAGCUGGCGCAGUGACAUUUUCAUGCUUGCUGGGGGGCACGAAAAUCCCCUUAUCCCCUCCCUCUUUACGACUUACGCUGCUGGAAGGAGCUGAGUUAGGGAGGGGGGAUACUAACGCCAAACCAGACUUACCAAAAUGUGCUUGGGAAAGCCUUGUCGGCACAGCUGACCUGACUUACGCCGCGCCUACACCACGCUGCCGGCGAGGCACGAAAAUAGAGCCCUAAGAAUAGUGGUUGAAUAGGAAUGGCAAGAGCGAUGCCAGACACAACCAGAUGACCCUUAUAUCAUUUUGGCACAAAGUUGAUGAUUUUGCUUCUUCCUGUUUACAUUGUGGUAAAAACGUUAGAUUAGUAGAUAUAGAAGAUUUUUUUAAACACUUUUAACACAAAACUCAGCAGCAGAGAAAGUUUCAGGGGGAAAACCACUCGUGUUGUUCUUUCUCCUGUUGUGUUUGGACCACGACUCCAACUUUGAAUACUUAAGUGUGUUUCUUUUUGAUCUCAGAGGAGGCCCGCUAAACGCUCGCAUGUUAACUUUCCCAUUCUGCUCUUGUUUUCAGUGGGGCUCCUCCGUCUACCUGUGUUAUAAGAAGUCUGUGGCCAAAACCAACACGAUUGCCUACAAAGCAGGUAAGCCUUCCUAAUCCUGUAACUACCGGUGCACAAAGAUGUGAAUACUGAUGUGGGCUUCCUGCUCUGAGGGAUAAGACUGAGAGAUCCAAUAACUGUGGUGGGAAACAACCUCUCUUAGCUCUUAAAGUUUGUCCUUCUGUGUGAAACGGAUAAUCUUCAGACUGAAGGAGGAUAAUCUGAGAUAUGUUUGCAGAGCCACUUGUUGAAAUCAGACAGGUUAAGUGAUAAGUUUUAUAAAAUCGGACUCGCUGCUUUCUUUCUUGUUUUCUGCGGCUGUUUAAAAACUUCUGUAGGGUUAACCUGCUGCAUGAGGACAUUCACCUGCAGGCUCAGACCUGUUGAAGCGUGUUGAUGCCUCUUAACUGCAGCGAUGAGAUAAGCCUCUGCAGGCCCGUAUUCUUCCUGUUUAAAGGGUUUAAAUAGUCACCAAUAUAUUUAACUGUUCUGUGAGUAUAAUACCACUGAUUUCACGUUGGAUCCCUCUGAAUUUAAGGCUGACAGAAGGCCGUCAUUAAGAGAUAACACUGUUGGCUCUGCGCUGCCGCUGUGUUUGGCCCGGCCUCAGACUGGCUGGCUCAUGUUUUGUUGAACAUGUCUUGAAUAUGCAGCAGACUGUGAAUGCAGAGAUCCUAUCUGUUUCUCACUAAUGUUUUGCAUGAGUCAACCCACAGAGCUGAAGUUUAUUUUCGACAUUUCAAGCCAGGAGGAUUCCAGCACGCUUCGAGCUGAGGAGUUUUGGAAACAGACAUGUUUUGCAACAUCUGACUUUAUUUAUACACUCAUGCCACAGUUUGAUCCAGAACGAGCGAGCUGAAUUUGUUUUGUUGGUGGAUGUAUGGUUCUCAUUUUGGAAUGAAACACACCAGAUAUGCACAUUUAGCAGCAGUUACUUGUUCUUAGUUAAUCCUUUAAUAUGCAUCUAUAGUUUGUCUUUUGAUACUCAACUGUAAAUCAUUAAAACAAAUGCUCUGUGCAGGAGCUGCAUUACCUCCAGGAGCUCUUUUGAUACUCAUUAACCUUUUUUCAGACCUAUUGAUCUGCUUUAACAGCUGCAUUAAUAGUUUUAUGUUCAAUCUUUUCCCUCAGCUCUGUAUUCUGCAUUAAAGGAGAGGAAACUGAUUUCAGCUGAAAAACACGAUUUUUCAUAUUGAGAAGUGAAGCAAUGAGCGCAUGAACAAAUGGGGACAUCUGGCAGCCUGGAGUAGCGGAUGUUUUUUAAUGCAUAUGCAGAAUAAUUUGUGUUUUAUGAAGACGUGUUGCAGUUUUUAUCAGCAUAUAUUUUAGUAUUUAAGUCAAGCGCCAUUCUCGAUUUAUAAUGAACUAUUAUUGGCUUUUUAGUGACUGAUGCUACUAAUUAGAGAGCAGUUUAGCUGACAGCAGAGGAGAGGAGAGUCAGUUUUAAGUCCCUUUGGGGAAAUUUGCUUUGGAGUCAGUAGUUAAUGCAGAUGAUUCAACUCACUACUCACAACUCAGCCCUCGAUCCACUCAUCCGUUACACUGACAUCAUUUACAUUUAUAUUUACACAUACAUCAUAACAGAAUCUAGAUUCAACACGAGCCAGCAGCUGCUUUAGAUUGAAUGUGCUGUCACUGUAUGUGGUAAAAAUGUGUCGGUGGUGCUGACUCAGGGAACUUUGGUAAACUUUUACAGGAGGAUACAUGAGAGUUCGAGUUCAGGUACUGGACUCCAAACUAACUUUUUGACCACUUUGCUAACAUCGCUGUUAAGGCUGCCUGCAGGGUCUGCAGUUUGUUUAUAGUUUUUAUCAGCCUAUUGAGAGCAGGAAUUAGCCAGUAUUGAUUAUUUGAAAACAACGUUUAUAUACCUGAUUAAUCAGCCAGCCGGUUAACGGAUCGACAUCUAAUGAGGUUGAAAAUGACCCUGGAGUUUGGGCUCUGUUUUUCCAGCCUUUAAUCAAAGCCUUUUGUCUUACUUCCAAUACGGUACAGAUAUUGUAGCCUUCAGGAUUGGCUGAUACCGAUAUUGAUCCGAUAUUGGCACAAACUUGCACGACAAGUUUUGCACUCAGCUGCAACGUGUUUUUCGGACUUCAACGAAAAAUACUGCCACACGUUUGACAUCACUCCUACUACUUGGUACUUUGUUAGUACCUUAGUGCACACUGUUGUUGUGAUUAUGUGGGCUCUGCAUGCUGGAUCCGGGCGCUGAUAGAUCAAGGUGCAGGAGCGGAGUCUAAAAUGGACUGCUUGUAUCUGAAUGCUGAUAUUGGAGGUUAUAGGUGCAGGUCGAUAUAAUCCGAUGUUCGUUUUUUUGCUGAUAUCAGACCGAUAUCCAAUAUCAAUAUGGUAUCAGGACAUCCCUAAUUUUGUCUGCAGCUUUUUUCUAAGUGCUGUAAACCUGACGGCCUGGUCACAGUAGAAAUUUGGAGAAAAACUUGUUCAGUCAAAUGAAACUAGUCCCAUCCCAGGACUGAUUGAAGGUGCUGACAAUAAUGUGUUUUAGGAGAAAACAGUGAUUCAGCUGAGUGAGUAAAUUUUAAUUAAACGAUUAUCACCUUUGACAGCUAAGGGAUCCAAAAAAGACCGAGCCACUCGUUGCAGGAUUCUCUUACAAACCGUUUUCCAGCGGAUGUGCAGCUUGUGCCUGUGUUUAACUGCUCCAUAAUGCAUUAGUAGAAGCCAAGAUUAGAUGCAGCAGAAUAAAGGAUUGAACUACAUAGAGGCACUAUCUCAUUGUCUCUUUUCUGUGUCCACUGACUGUGACGGAUGGCCCAAAGGCCUGAUUACCCCACACUGAUUGCUUAUUUUAAAGGCAGGCGUUUUUAGUAGCUUACCCAGACUCGAUGCAGUCAUACAUUAUCACUGUGACUGUAAUAAAUCUGACUUGUUUUCUUUCAAUUAAGGCUUAUUGGAAAGGCAGUUUUGCAUCUAGAUUGGCUUUUAAUUGGUUUUCACAGGGGAGAGGUGGUGGGGAGCCAGACUGAUAUUUUCUUAUUCCCUUUUUAGGUUUAUUCAGCAGAUAUCCAGAGGAGGACUAUGAGUCGUUCCCCCUUCCAGAGUCUGUCCCACUCUUCUGCCUUCCCAUGGGGGCCACAAUCGAGUGCUGGCCGGCCAACACCAAAUACUCCCUGCCUGUUUUUUCCACCUUUGUCCUCACCGGAGCCUCUGGAGAGAAGGUAAAUAGAGAUAUACUGUAGGUCGACUCUUCUUUCCCCAGUGGCAGCGUCAGCAGCGCCGGUGACUGUUAGACCUCACAGCAGACUUCAACUGCCAUCUGCACAGCUGACAUGACCACAAACAAACACACUACAGUGGGGCAUGAGAAAAAACUACGGUGCCCUACAUGUCAGGGAGGAAAGUGGGUCAGAAUGCAUGCUCCUUUUGUUAGUUCAAAACAUCGUAACUUGACAUCCAGAGGGAUUUUUGUAUGACGGGCCUCCUGACAAACAGCUGAAGAAUGUAGUUAUUGUAUAAACGCUGUAUGAACUAAUUCAUUCGCAGCGCAGACAAAGCUGCUCUUUUUUUCAGUUCAUAGAAAGUUGCCCGCCGUGAGGUUUUCUAAGACAACCACUGACACCGCUCUGUCUCAUGUAAUAUGUGCGUGCAAACAAGUGUCAAAAUCUUGUUAAUUUAAGACAAAUUAAGGCAUUUAAUCAGAAAAGAAACUUAGCAGGACAGUCAGUGGCACACUUUCUGCAAACAAGAACUCUGGAGAAACAUCAGUUAAGGCUGGGCGACAAACCGAAAGUUUACCGAUACAGAAAUUUAAGACAAUAACCAAUGUCAUUUUGCCCAUAUUGGUGUAUUCUGUGUCAAAAAAAUAAGUAAAUCAAAGUUGUUUUUGGAUGUGUGUAGGUAGGCUAUGGUCUCAUGUCCCUUUAAGACGCUGUCCUACGUCAGAGAUGUGACUCCACCCCAUCUAGUCCGUAACAAAGAGGGAAAGACAGGUGAGGAGAUGGAGGACGGUUCAAAAGUUGUAGCGGCUGAAGUAGACGAAGUUAAUGUGGGAGGGGGUGAGCAGCUUGUGGAGGAGUUAUCGUCCAUUUAUCGUUAUCGAGGUGAACUGCUCAAUAUAUUGUGAUAUUGAAUUAAGGCUGUAUCGCCCAGCCCUAGUACUGAUCAAAAGUUGAGUUGUUACUUUCUAUCCACCAUGUUUGAUAUAGGCAGCUGAUAGAGAUGCUGGUUCUGAGACCUGCAGAUUCAGAUAAAUGUUGUUAGUGGUACCAGUUCUACAAUAUGGGGGUUUUAUCCUUUUUUUUUCAAGCUCUGUAAAUGAUAUCCAGCUGAUGAAACAAACACCGAAUGAUGUCAUUGUCUUUCCAACUUCAACCCGAUUCUGUCAGGGAAGCUUGAAAAACAAAGACCUGUAUUUACAGGAUCAUUACACUGAAAUCAAUUCCCCGUAGUCUGACUUCUUUAGUGUUUUAUUGUGGUUUUCUUUACGUGACAUUACUGCCUAUUAGACACAAACACUAAACCCAGUCUGAGUAAUAAUAAAGAAACACAGAAAUGUGAGAAACCAGCAUUCUUACGUCUUUGCAAGCACACAGCCUGGAGGAGAAAUUAUAACUCACACACAGACACACAGACACACACACACACACACACACACACACACACACACACACACACACACACACACACACACACACACACACACACACACACACAUUCUUGGUUUUUCAAUCUAAACAUAAACCCCUUCCCACUCUGCUGGUCUGUGGGUUUGGAAAGUGGUCCAGAUGGGAUGACUCUCAUGUUGACACAUAUUAGUGAAUUAUGCGGUUAAACACAAUCGUGAUUCAAAACAAAUAACAUCCAAAAGCCCGUCCGCGUUUCGAUGGCAGCGGUUCUGCUGAACAAGGCCAGUCAGGGGUCAGCGGUGAUCACUGGUGCCAAACACUCUCCGCUCCGCCGCUGCUACUGCUGAGUCAUGUUGGUGUGUGUGUGUGUGUACAGUGUGUGUGUGUGUGUUUUCAUGUGGGCUGGAGCAGCUCCCUGUAGAGCAUGCAGAGGAUCAUUUUUGAGAGCAGUGUGUGUGUGUGUGUGUGUGUGUGCUGACUCGCGGGUUUAACGGUUAAGGUCAGAGAGAGACUCAGCUGGACUCUGGCUGUCUGCGGACUCCACGUAUUCCCAAGGAGUCGCCUGCCGACCCGUGUGUACACAACACAUCACUGCAGUCACUCCCUAAAGCCAAACACCCACCUGGAGGCUGAACUUCACUCUUUAAUUCCUGAUGCACAGUCUUGUCUAGUGUGUUUACCUCCAACUGUACGAGAAAUUCAAUAACUCAUCUCACAUGUAAUCGAUGUUCAGAAACAGUCAGUCAGUGAACACAACAUAAACACACAAAAACACAGAUGUGCCGCCUUCAGUCAUCAGCAAACAAGAUCUUGGGUAACGUCUGUCCCUUUUGGGAAAAUGUUAAUAACUGAGCCACACAGGCGGCUCACAGAUAAGCCAGUUCGCUUUGAUCUGUGUGUGAAUUGUGAAACUCUUAUUUCCAGUAAGCGAAGGGUGGGGAGGGUAUUUGGCCCCAGUUGGCACUCGUGGUUCUGAUCUUCAACAGCAGUUUUAAACCAAGUGCUCCAUACUUACUUUAUUUUUGUGGUUAUUGAUUUUCUCAUUUAUUUAAGAGUGCAGGGAUGAUUCAGAGCCGCGCUCAGAGCUCUCCCAACUGUCUGCUCCGUCUUCUUAUUGGGAGUUGGCAAGUUCAUCUGUUUGACUUCAUCCUCUGGAAGUUAUUGUUUAACAAUGACAGGAGGUUUCGAUUAGGAUUUAUGUUUGUGAGAGUGGAUCCAAGCGUUGAUUUUUAAGAGAGAAGAGAGAAAGUUUUUGGGUUUUGGAUUGUUCUGACGUGUUCAGAGGGCUGCAGGACAAAGAGAGAUUAGAGAGGACUUCAUGUUAGUGUAACCUCUGGGUUUGGAUUUCUGUUACCUGAGUUACCUGUAUCCCACCUGGUAUUAGUUCAGUCGGGAACACUUUAAUUUAGCUUUAUUGUGCAAAGUGAAAUUUGGCGGCAUGAUUCUGUUCCGGGUCCCUGCCCUUCCACGCGCUUGCAUCAUGAAAGGCGAUAGCAGGGAGCGCACGCAAGGUUCUGUUCAGGGGCCCCGCGUUCUCCAUGCCGGAAUGUGUGAAAGGCCAGCGGCAGGAAGAGCAUCUUCCCGCCCUCAACAAGUCAUCAUGAAGGCAGAAACGACGGGGGCGUAGAGCAGCGUUGAACAGAACCCCCCCGGAACAGGAGCGCUUCAAGGGUAGUGGAACAAUUAGCCGGCACGAGGGUGGAGCUGGGGUGGCGGUGGGUUGCUGGUUAAAUGUCGAAGCAGAGGAAGAGGCUGGGUUAGUGCAGUUUUAAAUAAGGCGCUCUAAAGGCAAAGGACCAAUAGGAGCGAGGAGUGAAUCAGCUGGCUAUCGUCUGGUUGAGGUGGCUACUAGCCAUUGGCUGUGAAUCAGCGCUUGACGUUGUGUUCUGACAGAACUAACGCGAUGCUUCAUUUCAGGUUUAUGGUGCUGCCAUUCAGUUCUACGAGCCCUACCCCCUGGAGUGUCUGACCGAUCAGCAGUGCUCCCAGCUGGGUCUCCUGAACUCUGAUCCAAACAAGCCGCCCUCCUCCAAAACUACACCAACGGGCCCCAAAAGCUCCCCGAACAGCCCCACGAAUCAGCGCUCCGUCUACACCAACAAGUGCAUCUGCCUGCUCUCCCAUUGGCCCUUCUUCGAUGCUUUCCGGAAGUUCCUCACAUUCCUCUACCGCUACUCCAUCUCAGGCCCACACGCUCUGCCCAUUGAGAAGUAAGUUCUCUCGUUUCAUCUCUUAAUUUAUGCUCCAUUAAAUCCAGGUAAUGUCGGUUUUGCUGAUGUAGUAUUGUAGAAACACUUUAAAUGACUUUUGAUUGACCUGACCUCUCCCUGCUCAGGUGAUGUGAACCAGAGGAUUCGUACUUCCAUGUUUUUCUGCUGCUUGUAACUCUCGCUCCUCGAUGAGGGAUGCUCAGACCGAUGAUUCAGCUGCCAACUGCUGUUAUUUUUGGCCUCACAUCCGCUAAUUCGUCUUCUUCUUUUUUCUAGGCACAUUUCUCAUUUUAUGCACAAAGUUCCCUUCCCGUCCUCCCAGAGGCCUCGUAUCCUGGUUCAGGUGAGUCAAGUUUUGAAGCCUGAAACAUUCCCACUGGUGUUUUUUCUGCAUACGGUGCAUGUUAGGACUGGGUGAUUAUCCUUCUUUUUUUGCAGACUGUGGUGUUGUCUCGGUUUGCUUGGGGCUGCAGUCGUGUGGAUCCUUCAUUAUUUAUGAAUAUUUAAAUGUUUUGUGCUCGGUUUCCACCUUUUCUCUGCAGCUCUCUCCUCAUGACAGUUUGAUGCUGAGCCAGCCGGUGUCUUCUCCUCUACCCCUCAGGUGAGAACAACUGCAAACAAGCUUUACUGGAGCGUCUGAGACAACAGAUCAGUGCUUAAAUGUUCUAAUUACCAAUUCAUCCAAGAAUACAAUCUAUUUAGAGGUUUUCAUGGGUUUACCCAGACUUCACUGGAUACCUGUGGGCUUGGAUCUGUUUUAGCUCGAUGACUAAUGUUGGGAGGACAAACAAUACAGAUCCAAACGAGGUCAAAUAUUGUUCAUUUCUUUUAUUUCUUAUGCAUCCAUGAAAGUUUCAAAUAAAGGCAACGAGAAAGUAAGAGUUGCUGAGUAAGUGAUGCUUGCUGGGAGGUUCACAGCAACUCAAAAACCAUAAGUUUAACAUUCUUACAGUUUGUACAGUAAUAUGUGUGAGAAAAAAGGGUUUAUUUUUCAACAUGACAAAGUUUUUAAGAUAAAGAAAGUCCGAAAGAGGAUUAGGGCCACGUGAAGAGAACAAAAAUAAUUAUAGGACGGAAAUUAAAGUCAAAAUUUCAAGAUUAAAGUCGAAUUUCUAAAUUAAAAAUCAAAAUUAUGUCAAUAAAGUCAAAUUUCGAGAUCAAAAAUUGAAAUUUCGAGAUCACAAGAUGUCAAAAUGUUGUGAAUCAAGUUGGAAUUUCAAUAUUAAAAAAAUCGAAAUUAUGCCAAUGAAGUUGAAAUUUUGACUUUAGUCUCAAAAUUUCAAUUUUUUUACUUUGACUUUUAAAAAUUUCUACUUUAAUUUCGAAAUUACGACUUUAAUCUUGAAAUGGAAAGUAAGAAUGUCUCCCUCCUGUGAUUAUUUUUUCUUCUUGGUGUGUCCCUAAUCCUCUUUUGUAAGAAAGGCGUGUUUUAAUGGAAAUCUAAAUUUCUUUCUUGGUCUAUUUUGUCGACUCGACACAAGCCAGGUCUCGAAUCUCCUGACUCAGAUAUUAUAAGACAGAUCCAUCAUAACUCAGGCAACAAUGAGUCGGGGAAAUUAAGUUGUUGACAUCUGUUUUGUUCAAUUGGAUCCAGUUAACAGGAGUCUCUGGUGUUUGAACCAAAGCAGACCUUCAGUCUUGAUGCUGAAUUUAUGCUUAUUUUUGUGAUUAAAUGCAGAUUUGUUUGACAAAUACUUAAAUAUCUAAUCUUGGCAGUGAAAAUGUGGUCAUUUUCAUGAUAAAGGGUCUUAAAUAUUAUAUAACAUCUUGUCAGUAUAAAAACACAUGAGAUACUUUGAUCUAAAGAGUAUCAAACCACAUUCUCAAGUAUCUAAAAAUCUUGUUUUUGAAAUGUGUCUAUUUUGUCUGUUUAGUUUUUCUCGUUCGUGAUUUUUGUCCCUUUUUCAUCUCUUGUUUUGUUGCUUUAGACAUCAAGUUUUGAUCCUGGCAUAAUGAUUAACAAGAGCAAUCACUGUAAAAGUUUUGCUAUUGUUGAAAACCCAUUAUAACCAAAGCGGUAAAAAAAAAAUCCUCCUGGAUAGUUUGCAAGUCCAUUGUGGAGUCGGCACACUAAAACCAACAAAUUUACAGCUCACUCUCACAGCUAGACUUAAAAGCAAUUUCAGAGUCAGCAAUUAUGUGACAGGAAACAAAAGAAAAUACACAAAAAAAACCCCGAAAGGUACAGAGAGAAACACAACAGGAAAAAACGAGAGAAAUAUAAAACUAAAUGUUCAGAGAGAGGAAACUGAAAUGUGUUCAGCUGCUCGGAAACAUGAUCCCUAGGAUACGAUUCUGACUCCUUCUUCCCACAGCGGUGGUAGAUUUUCCACGCUGCUUCAGAACCUGGGUCCAGAGAACGCCGUUACCCUGCUGGUGUUCGCCGUCACGGAGCAUAAGAUCCUGGUCCACUCGUUACGACCCGCAGUUCUGACCAGCGUGACUGAAGCUCUGGUGUCUGUAAGUCUCCUACAUUCCUGCACUUCUGCUUUCUUCACGCCGCCUCUUCUGCAUCAUUAGGACACACAUAUACAGAUACUCCAUUUAAUGUGACAGUGGCUCCCUGAACUUUGACCUCUAUGUCCUCAUUAUCCCACGUCUACCUCCCUCAGAUGAUUUUCCCCUUCCACUGGCCGUGUCCGUACAUCCCUCUCUGCCCGCUGGCGUUGGCUGACGUGUUGAGCGCCCCCUGUCCUUUCAUCGUGGGAGUUGACUCUCGCUACUUCGACCUCUAUGACCCCCCGCCCGACGUGAGCUGCGUGGACCUCGACACAAACACCAUCUUCCAGUGAGCACAAAACCCUGAAACUUUCCUUUAACUUUGAAACGUUUUUGUAGGACUUGAUCUUUCUUCGCCGCUCUGUCCCCUUUUCUCCAUAAAUAUUGUACGGCAUCAUCGUUGUGUGUGGUCACUGAACUGCAUAUAUCCUGUGGCGCGCUCCUGCCUAAGAGCUCCACAUUGUUCCUUUUUCCAGACCGCACCGCUGCCAGGUCAUGAGUUCUAAGUUUAGAGACCUGGAGCCUGGCUGGAAGUGGUUAUUUUUGUAGUGUCAAGCUCAUUUGAAAUUGAAGAGUAUGCAUUUUUGUGGUACGUCAGGUAGGGUCAGAAUAUUUUGAAUUCAUAUUUCGCCUCAUUUCCAGCCAGGCAGCGUCAGGGUGGUCUUAAGUCCCCUGGUCCGGCUGUGGUCCAUGUUAGUUUUGGCCUCUUUUAGCCGCUCCAGAGCUCACUGUGUGUUUCUGCUUCUCCAGCAAUGAAGAUAAGCGAGCCCUCACGUGGAAGAUCCUGCCAAAGAAAGCCUGUAAAAACCUGAUGAAUGUGCUGAGCAAUCUCCACCAGCAACUGGUUGAUGGUGAGUACGGAGCUCAUGAAUGCAGCAAUAAAACAAAGAUGAUAAAAAGUUAUUUGACAAAUGACACUCCCUGCAAACUUUCUCAUCAUGCGGUUUUCUUGAUUUAUUUUGAGUAGAAGGAAGUAAGACUGUCAGAUUUACUGGAAAUGAAGCUCAAUGUCACAUGCUCUAAAAAAACACAUUUUUGAAACGGUAAAACAAGCAUUCAAACUUUUGAGACUUGUGGUCGAUCAACAAAAAGUUAAAAUAAAGGAAGAGAAAGUGUCAGUAAAGAAAACAGAGUAAAGCAGAUGAAAUUGGUUAUUUUAUGUUGUGGUAUCUACCUAAAGAACUUACAAACGUGUCCACACUUCUGCAAAACUUGUAGGAAGUUGCUGGACUCGGUUUGUUUGUUUGUUUGUUGUCCUCUGUCACGGCUGCUGUCCCGCUCACUUUCUAAUUUACAGGUUUGCAAAUACGGAUGUUUUGACUCCUGUAAAUAUGCAGAGAUUAGAUUUUUGUCUGCUGCAGACAGACUGACUGAAGGUAGAGGACAGAGACAGUAAUGUCACCUGUUGCUUUAUCCCGAUCCUGAAUAGAAGCUCAGAGGAACUUUUUUAAAUGUUGCUCCGGUUCAGUAACUCUUUCUCUGCCUGCACUUCAAUACAACUUUAAUGUGCGUUUACUAAAUAUUCACUUUGGUGCCCAGACGGUCUUUUUUGUCAACUGGACCUGAGCAGUGUGUACUCAGCAUAGGCAUGUGUAUGUUAACCUGCAGGAGUGACCAAAAGCUGGUGGUGCUAGCUCUGCUAAGGUUAGCCAGACUUUGAUCUCCUGUUUGGCCCGCUAAAUAUCUCAGUUUUGCUGCAUGUUCCUGAGUGUUUUCUUCCCUUUAAACUUGCCGAAACAACUUUGAAAGUAGUUGCCCCAGAACAUCCCGAAACAAAGUGGUCGGAUUUUUACUGAUGUUGUUUCAAAGUUAAGGACUCAGGUAUCCAGAUGACAUCAAAUAUAAGAAGACACGUGUUUGAAAAAGUCCUGCCAUAUUGAUUUGAAACAAAAGAAGUUCAAUACCAACAUGAAGAAGACUGCAAAGACAAAAUAUAUUUUAAGAAGAUGUGGUUCAGAGUUAAAGCAAACUCAAGUUACUGUAGUUUCAGCUUCUCUGUGGCUGAUUGAUCUUCUUGUAAUGUGUGUCAAACUUCGUUCAUCAUCUUCUGUCUACAUCCUGGUCUCCUCGCCGUUUCUCCUCCUCUCAGUCUGCACUAUCAUCUGUCCUCCUCUCCAUUUAACCUUUUAAAAAGCCCGCAGUAAUCCCAUCAACGUUCAUAACAUCACAAUUUUCCUAAUCACCCAUCUGGCCUUCUGUGUCACUCAUUGUAUUAUUGUCAGCCCUCUAUGCUUCUCUAUGUGGAGCCGGAGAAACCUGCUGAUUAUUGAGCUGUAGGAUUGGAAUAAAUGGAUUUUCUGAUUCAGUGAAGUUGAAAAUCUUGCCCGUUUCUUUCUGCCAGUACUGCUGAAUAUUGAUGCGUCUACCAGAGGUUUGAGUUGAGACAUCUGAGCCCCAAGGCUCUUGGGAAACUUUGGUAUCAACUUGUACUUAAUUUCCUUAAUUAUGUGAGUCUGAUCCUUGUUUGUUAUACAAACAGUAACUUCAAUACCUGAAGCAGUGCGAUGGUGCGGGACCUUUUAAUGCAUAUAUUAAGAUCAUCAUCAAGACUAAAUCAAAAUGCUAAUUCUUCCUCGUAUUUUUGGCAGCAGCCCCAGUUAGAAGUGGCGAUUCAAACUUUUUAUGUUCAUGUGAACCUUUACCAGACCACAGUCCAGUUUUCAGAGCUUUAGGACGUUCAAACAUUCGCAGCUGGACUUUUUCCAGAAGGUUUACUGUCUCAACAUGAACAGUUUUACCAGAUUUUACUCGCCCUGACCCCUCCUGUUUUUAUUUGUCAUGGGUUUGUUUUUCUCUCUCUUCGUAUUAAAACAGUGGCCCGCCGGAGUGAAAGCACACUCCGCUUCCUCUUGUUGAUUUUUCACCACGAGCUCUUGUAAACUGUUUUUCUUCAGCUUGUGAAAUAAACCAGAGGGAACUCGAUCUUAACGGCCACAUCUGUACUCUAAAGAUGGUCCACAUUAACUUAAUGUGAAAGUAUAAAACACUGGCCUGCUCGUGCUCCAUCAGUGUGCCACAUUGCAGUGAUUCACCCCAGUGUGUUAGACGUGCAAAAGGCACGGGAGACAAUUCAUGAUAUUUAUCACCCGAUUAUGAAACUGAAACAGCACGAAAUCUGUUCUGUGUGAAGGGGAGACAAAGGUUAGGCACGGCGGUAAUCCAGCACCAAGCAGAGCAGGAAGGAAAGCAGCCCCCCAUGUGUUGAGAGUCAUGAGGUGAAGGAGUGCAGCUGAGGUACCGCUCAUGUAAUAACCACAGCAGUAAUUCUUACAGAACUUAGUUAUUAGUUUUUCUGAGUAACGCCCACGUUAAAAGUUGAUAUAAGACGUACUGCUGAUAAUGAAGAGAGCGAGAAAACAUGGAAUAAGUUUCUGAAAUACACGUGACAGUUUUUUCCUUCAGGCAGCAUGAAAGCAGUCCUAUCCCAGCAUCUGUGGAGUUUCAGCGCACAGUCACACCUCAGUCAACUUAAUGAGGUGCUGAUUUGGUGAUCAUCUGACGGGCUGUCAGACAGAACCGAGCUGCCUGGAUCUUUGCAUCUAGAGAGGCGCUGUGUCACCUGACAGGAAUAUGAAAGACAGGAGGAGAGCUGAACAAGAUGAAUGAAAGCUCAACAAUCAAAUCUGGAUUUUUCCACCGAUUGUUGAUGAUUGAAUUCCUCCUGAGUGGAAAUGUUAGUGUUUUGUUGUUGAAAAAUCAAUAUGAACUUGUUGUUUCUUUGCUGCAUUUGUGGUCUGAGAAAUAAAAGUUUCUUUUAGGAUCUUAAACUGUAAUUUUCUGCCAACAAAAGACCCUCAAGAAAAAUGAUUCUCUGAAUGACUCGUGUCGUGUUCCUCUCUCUUCAGGUCAGUACCGGCCUGAUGGGCUGCUGGAGUUGAGCAUGAGUGACACAUCAGAGCUGAGCUGCGGUAAAAGCCUCCACACCCUGGAGCUGGAGAUCCAGGAAGCUUUCCUGCGAUUCAUGGCGGCCAUUUUGAAAGGCUACCGCUCAUUCCUGCGACCCAUAACCCAGGCUCCCUCUGAGAAAGCCACGGACGCCAGCUCACUCUUCGACCUACAAGGUAUAAUCUCACUUUUACGUCCUGCGGUGACAAAUUCUCACUUCUCUCCUGAUGCGCAGAUCAGAGUCACACAGGAAACACAAAUCCAGCUGUUUUAUUCCCCCUGCAGUCUCGUUCAACUCUAAAACAAGUCCAGAGUCGACGACGGUGUGUGUAGCCAACAUUUCCCCCCCUGAAAGACAUUUAUCCGAACAAUGAUUCCCACCGAAAUGUUUACGCAGAUACAGAUGGUGAGAGCUUUCUGUCUUAUUACUGGUAAUCUAAAGGGGCUUUAUCGCGCAUGAGACCAUCAAAUCAACCGCCGACUCGUGAGAACAAUGGUGUUAAACAAACUCUUGGUGGGUUCACCGUGCUCAGAGGUAAAUAAACAGAAAACACAGAUAAUCACUGCAGUUUUCAAGAAACUUUUGUGUGUACUCACUUUAACCGAGUACAAUCAGAGAGAGCAUUAGCCGGUAAUUAAUGGAAAAAACGACGAAAUAGAUCUUGAGUUGAGAAGAUUUUGCCAGACUUCUCGUUUUACCUCCGAUUUCAAAAAUAAACCUCAGUGCUCCGGGAGCGUCGACGGAAAAACAUCACAUUUUGUCGGGAAUCUGUAAACUCUGGUCGCUGUUUCACAUCAGAGAAGAUUUUUUUUGACUUAUUUUUCAAGUUUGUUUACAAGUUAAAUGAUUUUUCUUCAAUCAGGGAUCAGUCAGGCAUGUUUGUGGUAAUUCCCAGCAUCUGAGUCCAUUUUCUAGCUGAUGAAAACAAUCGUUCCCAACAAUUUAUUUUGUUUUCUUUUCCUGCCCCGCUCAUCAGACCUCAGUCCAGAUCAUCAGGGUCAAGAUCCAGAUUUUGUUUCAAUCACUUGAUGAGGAGCAAGUUUAAAUAAGUGCAGCGGUGAGAGGAGGGACAGCUGAGAUUCACAGACAUGUGAUUACAGAGUGUGCACAUGUGAGGAUCAUCAAGGAUAUGAUUAUUAACCUCAAAGAGACAUUCGUUACACACCCAGAAGUAGCUACAUGACAUAACUGCAAAGACGUCACUAAGUAAAGUCGGUACGAUCAGACUCAUUUCAAGUCCCUGUGAAACUGGACCUCUCAAAUUUACAUGUUUUUAUUCAACAACACAGAAGAAGAAGAAGAAGUCAUUUUAAAAAGAACACCACCAGGAUGAAAGAUAUGAUAUGAUUGUAAAGGCAACGAUAUAAUAUGGUGCUGUGCAAUAUGAAGCCCACUAUAACAAUAAUAUCACAAUACUGCUUUGUAGGGCUGGGCGAUAAACCGAAAAUUUACCGAUACUGAAAUUUGAAAUGUGAGCAGCCUGUGGAGUAGUUAUCAUCCAUUUAUCGUUAUCGAGGUGAACUGCUCUAUAUAUUGUGAUAUUGAUUUUAUGCCAUAUCGCCCAGCCCUACUUCUUUGCUGCCUUCAUAUAAAGUCCUGAAGUUGUGAUGCAGUGAUCAAAGUCUGUUUUAAGCUCCUUAUCUCUUAAACACCUGUGAAUCAUGAAUUGUAUCAUCCAAGUUAGGACGAUGAUACCCUAUAUUCCUUAAAUUUUUGAUCAUAAAUAAACAAUAAUGAGCUUCAACAUCUUUUAUUCUGUAUAACGGAAACUCAAUCUUAGAACUAUCGACUUUUAUCUGACACUGAUUGAAGAUCUGGGAGUGACGGCUAUUUUUUUUAGGUUUCAGGUGUUGACAGCCAGGACCUUGAGGAGCAAGUGAAGCCACGCCCACUUUCAUGCAAAUGUGGGCGUGUUGCUGAGAAAACAUCCUAAAACUACUUUCUCAUCUUUUCUCCACACGGGUUUAUUUCCUGCUAAAGGGUCAUGGGCUUUACUUCUGGUACUACGAACAAAAUCCAGAGCAGUUCCAAGUGGAAAGUGGAUCAGAACACCAGCGUCACUUUUUGAGUAUAACUCAGUCUUUAGUUUGUCGGUGUGAAACCAGUUUGACUCAUGCUCGUACAGUUACGGUGUAUGAUUAGCGCUAAUGAGUCCAUGAAUACAUAAACGGAUACUGCGUCAUCUGUAGCACCUUCUCCUCUACAGCUGGCCCGCUUCAAAACAGAUGGUGUUGUUUAAUACAUGAGCUCUCGUAAGUGUCCGUCCCUUCCUCUUAGUAAACACACACACACACACUCGGUGUUUGGGUAGGAAGGCUGUGGUUUUGAGAAGAGGAUGAGGUCGGAGGUUCAAGGCUGCUUGCAGGCUGAAGGGUGCUCAGAGCCUUGAGUGCGGCCCCUGGCUCUGGACGGGAGCCCAUAAAAGCCGGUUCACAUCCCAUCUGAAAUGAGUUAGGCUGAAAUCAUGGCUGCUCUGCUGAGGGAUGGCUGCAGCCAAGGUCGUGUCUGGUGUGUUAUAUGAUACAGCAACAGGGUAGCUGCAGUGCAUUACGUAAUGAUGUAACAGCUCAUGUAUCAUGUGUGUGAACUCCUGACUGUCGAUUAUCCAUAACAAAGAGAAAUUACACAAUGUCUUAAUGUGACCGUGGGGGAAAUUUUGUUUCCUUUCUGCCUUGUAAAGGUCAGAGCUUCAUCCAUUAUAUCAUUAUUAUUACGGUGCCUCAGUGCUGCAUCUGUUACAAGUAUUACGAGGUGAUAACUGAGACCUUAAAGAUGGGCGAUAAACAAACCUACGUGAGAGUUACCAACUGAUGCUUUAAAAACAGUAUUUUGAUUUUUUAAACCUUGUAAUUGGAUUUUUAAUGAUAGUUUCUACAUCAAAUUACAUACCAGAUUAAGAGCUAAAUUCAUGAUAGUUUCUAGUCCAAUAUAAGGAUACAGCAGCCGCCAUUUAAAGACCCACUCUGAUGAAAAUCAUGUUUUUCUUGUCUACAUGUUCAUAUGUUUGUUUUUCUGAUGCUACAGGACAUAUCAUGUGGUAAAUAAGUGCAAAAUUGCAUUUCUGAGUAUUUCUUCAUUCAAAUCGCUGUGAAUCUCUGGCAGACCCAAACAGCAGGUUCAGACACGGUGAGAUUUCCUAUGUCACAAUUCCAAGCUCCGCCCCUCACGGCCCCGCUAUGCAGGCCAGACUGAGAAAAAGAGAGGACGAUUGCGGGACAAGAGUGUGUGUUAGCGGAUUACAAUGCUCGUAAGAAAGCUAAUUAUGAUAUUAACUUUCAUCAUGUCCCCAAAGACAUUAGUGUCAGAGAGCUGAAUAGCUUCAAUGUUACCUGCUUUUUCUACUACACAGUGUUAGGCAGCAAGCUAGCGUGAAGAUGAGUGUGCAGAGCAGAGCUGUCUCCGCCCACGACUCAGAGGUGAAUUGCUAAUGAGCGACUGGAGCUCUUUAGAAGGAAAGCUCUUAAAAAUGACACAGGUAAUAGGGUUUGGCGAAAAACUUCAUAAUCACAAUUUAAAGACCUCUGAGAACACUAAGUAAGAAAAAAAAAAGACACCUUAACACUAUCUAUCUAUCAGGGACUGUGAAUUCGCUACUUCUGAACCACCACGCAAGAAAUUCUUUGUGUUUAAAAUGCUUGAAGCUGUAAAUGUGAUCAUCCAGGAGAAACCGUGAGAGUCCUGGUACAGACAGGCAGCUGCACAGCCCCACAGAUGGCCGUAAAAACAUUCAUUUACGCAAAACAAACAUGAUAACUUUAUAAGGGGAGGAUCCGGGGCGAGUUUUGGUCAGGAGCGAUCAAUACUCCUUAAGCUGCAGGCAGCCGCUGUCAGGAUUUAGUCAUUUCUCAGCUGUAGGAAGUGUUUUUCUCUCUCGCUUCACGUCAGUGUUUGGCUUCCACCUCUGCUCUGGGAGCCAGUGGUCAUCCAUCCGGCUGUCAGUGUCACAACAUCAGUGAAUUAUUAUUCAGUUAAGCUGCUUUCAGCAUCUAUUAAGAAAGCCAUUUACCACCUUGUUGUACAAAAAGGCCAUUACACUGAUAACAAUGUGUUCGCUUAUAUUAUCCAAAGCAGAAGUAAUGGGAGGUAAAUACAUGGAGCCUUCAGAGGGGUAAUGGGUUCUUUAAGCACAAAUUCAGCCGCAUUAGGGAAAUGUCAGGAAAACUACUCUUGAGGAUUCUUGCUUUUUUUUAAGAGAAAUAGAAAACUGAUGUGAAAAUAAAUCUGCAGCUCUGUCUGAAAUCAUUUAUGAUUCAUUCUGCAUAAAAGCAAAGAAAUAAGUCUCAGCGAGGUUAGGACAGCAGACAGCCUUUCUUUUUCAACUACCUUUGUUUGUUUUUUAGGGGGGGGUUCAGGUGUUAGUACUUCAGAACAUUGAGACAGAAAAAAGAUUUAAUUUUUUUUAUUAUUGUCGGAGCAGAAAACCAUUUAGGAGCGAUGAAGCUUAAUUUAAGACAUUUCAAAGGAACAUUACAGAGAGAGAAUAAAAAGGAAGGAUUGGGCUUUGGUAAAUAAGACAGUAUCACUCUGUACGUUUAUAACUCACUCCAGAUUAUACAGCUGUUAACAGAUGCUUUUUUCACAUUGUUCUGUGUGAUUUUCCUCUCCUAACCACAAACACACACUCAGGUUGUACAGACUAGCCAACUGUGCUUAUCGGUUUCCUCCUCGCUGUCUGCAUCACAAAAGAAACUCUGCACAACCUUCACACGCACUUAAGAGAGAGAUGUGAGAGCUGAUAUUCAGUAUGGUGUGUGUGUGUGUCUGUUACUGUGAACUGGAGUGGGAGGAGGAAAGUGAGUUCAUCACAUCAUCACUCAGCAAAAUAAAAAGAUAAUCAGCCUGUUGUGGACGGUAAACAAAGCUUUGCAGGCGAGGCGAGGCGAAGUCCCAAACGGUUGAAGGUCGAAUAAAAACCACAGUGAAGUUCCCAACAUGGAUAGUCUUUCAGUUUGAGAAGAUCUCAGGUUAUUAGAAGAUAAAACUAUCCCGAUCUUUGACUGAUGUGUUGCUUUCAGUCUGUCUGCUGUAAUUGACUGUACACUGAGGCUAUAGUCGAGUGUCCACGCCUGCAUCGCAAUGAACCGUUAAAAUGUUUAAUAUCAAUGUCUGCAGUGAAUUACAGAUCAACUUCUUAAACAAACAGCUUAUUAUUAACAAUACUUCCAACUGCUUUUCUCACUUCAUGGCUCUGAAAUUGUAAAUCAUGCGGCAAAAACAGUCUGAGAGUAAAUCAAGUGAUACGAUAAUUACUGAUGCUGCAAGCGCCCGGCUGUUGUGAGAAAUUACACCAGCAGAGCACCUGUGGUGUCGGUGGAGAGCCUGAUAAUCGGUCUUUGGAUAUUUUCAAAAACUCUUUUCUUAAUCUAUUUUAAUCCAGGAUCGCUCUGAUAAUUUCGCAGUGAUACCUAAAUACUGACCUGAACAUUUGUCUGUAUUCGUCUGGUCCUCAGGGUUCUUGAAGAGCCGGGAUCGAUCUCACCAGAAGUUCUACUCCCUCAUGACGAAAACUCAGAUGUUCAUCCGCUUCAUUGAGGAGUGCUCCUUCGUCAGCGACAAAGACGCCAGUCUGGCGUUCUUUGAUGACUGUGUGGACAAGGUAACCCUGUGAAAUUUAACUUUUAAGAAGUUGUUCCUUUUCCUCUCGGGUCAUUUCUGUCCACUUUACAUUUUCUGUCUUUUGAAGUCUAUUUUGUUUACCUGCCGUAUUUGUGCUCCACUUAGAGCUUUACCAGGUAGUUUUCACUCUCCUGUGUCGCUCGACUUUUUCUCCUGCCAAACUUGCGUCUCUCUUCUUUGCUUCAAAUUUCCUGAGUGUUUCUUUUUCUUCUCCUUUCUACGUCUGUUCGUGAGCAGCUCUACAGUUCAGAGCGGACUGCAGACAAAGCAACCAAGGUACGUGUGUUUUAAGGUCUCAGUACUUCACUGUCCUCGGUUUAUUUUCUUCAGAUGGAGGACAUGUGCAUGGUGCAUCGGCUCUGCAAAUAACAAACUGGACUAAAACCGCAUGCAGGGUUGGAACCAGAACUAAGACGCAUGCUCUACUCCAGGAAAAAGUUCAAUAGAAACAAACUUGACUCUUCUCUAACAUCAAUAUCCCACAAUCGAACUCAGCGGACACAACAACAGUCUCAAAGGCAGUUUCGUUUAAGUCUAAAACCACAUAAAGCUGAUUUUAAAAUCAGGUCGUUGUGGUUCAAUCUGUCUCUUAGUUUUAAUGAUCUCUGAAGAGAAAUUUUACACAUUUUGGCACAAGUUUGAAAUUCUCGUUACUUUAGUCACAUGACUGAAGAGUGAGUUUGAGCAGCGUAGAGCAGUGUGUCCAAGAAGAUGCCCUCCGUGCAGGAUGGUGGUCCAUGUUCUCGGAUUUAGUGCACAGUAUGUGACCGAGUCCUGGAGGCUUUGCAGGGAGAUUUCUUCAUACUACUGUCGACCCCUCUGGGCUUCCUCCUCAUUAGUACAUUAUUUAAGUGACUUAUCAAACUGUAUCUCCCUCCUUGAAUCUUUUCAUUUUUAAUGAACGUCGGAUUAUCCGCUCUCCAGUGAAAUUUGCAGCAUCAGCCGUUUGUCUCUCCAUAGUGAAAGUGCGGUUUCAUAGAAAGUCUAUGCUCACAGUUUUCUUCACUACAUUUUUCAUGACUUGGGAGAGUAAGGGCUUUUAGCGCCUCAGUGAUUCCUGAAACGCUAACGGAGCUUAAAGUUGUUUUUUUUUUCUCUUUAAAUCCCCUGAGCUGGUAUCCUCCACAGCGACAGCGUAUGAAAGGCUUUGGAGGGGCUGUCAGCGUAGCUUCUUCGCUCAGCUGAAAGAGCGUAGAGUAGUUUGACCCUGCGGGCUCACAGGCGAGUGUUUCUCAAUCAGACUGAAGGUUAAAUUUUGUGUUUGCUCUCUUAAAGUCCAAACAGACACUCGGCUCUCUGCUCACGUCCACAGGUCACUUCUAACAGACUCUGUAAUAGACUUGGCUGUCCUUGGAUUACCUGUGUGUGCGUGUGAGUUUGUGAGUGUGUAAUUGAGACUUACUUAAAGUGAAUCCACAGGCCAGCAUCCUCAGCCUCCCCUCCCUGUGUUCCCAGACCUCGACCUCCCUGUGUGUCAGCUCCAUGGGCGAUUAAAUCCUCCGAUUGUCUUUCUGCACUGUGGCUGUUUUACAUUAUCUACUCCCUCUGCAAGAAGGCACACAUCACACUGUGUAACACACACACGAACACACACACACACGCACAGAGCAGUGUACUGAAAGAUAAGGUUAAAAUGUACCGAUCCCUGAGGGAGAGUAGUUCAUCACUGCAACAAAACCAAUUAAAUCCGGCUGGAUGGAGAAACAAAAGACUAUUUUAUCAAACCAACUAAAUACAAUUACUGCAAUUACAGACUGAAAACAAUACAAACAGUAAGUGAAAAAGAAAUAUGGCCAGAAAAUAAACAAAGUUCAUCACAGUAUUAAGGAUCCGUUAUGACGAAGAUGUGAGGAUGUGUGAAAUGGACGUAGAGAGUCGUAGUGAGUCAGACAGAAAAAAUAAAUCACUUUAAUGUCUGUUCGGUAAUUCUUUGUUAGCCGCUAGAUAGUUAAGACUUGUGGUGCGUUCCAUCUGCCUCAGAAGUCGGAGCUGGGAAUGACGUCACACCCGAGUUAUCGGCAUUUCAGUUACAAAGUCGGAAAAAGUAACAUCGAAAAAAGAAGAAAAACACCUGCAGGAAACUACCAGGCUACGGUUAGCCGUUGUUAGCACAACACUAUACAUAGUAAAAAUGUAAAUUACACUAUGACAGCUUUUCCAUAUAUAUACAUCUAACAAUACCAUUGUAUAUGGCUGACUUAUUGUGACAACAAAUAGUAAAAAGUGUUAAUAAAAGGAUUAUUACAGGAGCUUCUACUUACUGUUUACAACCGGCGCCGCCGUCUUUAAAUGUCAACUCAGGAGUUUUGUGGAUCAUCCAACUUUUGGAGUCAGAAGUCCGACCUCUGGGGUCGUUCCAGUUGAAAGUUCCGACUCGGAGCUCGGAAUUCACGACUUUGGAGUACAACCAUUAAAACAAGCCAAAACUAACGUUGCUAUGACAACAGUCAACACCAUUUCUUGAGUUUGAGCUCCCCAACAUCAGAGGUUAGAAGAACAAGUUCUAGUUUAAAACCCUCAAGAGGAGGAUUUAAACCCACAGCCUUAUUUUAUUUAAGCACAUUUAUUUUAAUGACCUAGAUUUAAACAUUAAGAAUGUACAUUUAAGUCUUUAGAUAUUUAAUAAUAAAGACUUAGAUAUAAACUGACAAAAAGUAGAUAAAUAACUUUCCAUUAAAGCUUUGUACAAGUUAUGUAAUGUACAUUACAGUGCUUUCUAUGUUUUAAACUAGAUAUACGCUGGACUCAUAAACUCAGAUGUGGACUAUUUGAAGUAUAGAAGACCCUGCAGUUAUUUAUAGUAUUACCAGGUAGUCUUUAGAUAUUCAGCAGCAGACACUGGAUGUUUCCCGUCGUGCACAUUAUUUGAUCCAGACAAAGUAAAUGUUACCGGAGAGACACAGACCAAAUGUCCCUGUCUCACAGAGUGAUCUUCUGAACAGCAGACCUGCUCCUUGUCAAACAGACAGACUGCUGCAUCAUCUCAUCACAGCUGUGUCUGCUCUCUUUAGAGCAAUGUGUGUCUGCUCACAGUUAAAACUCAAUGUCUGAGCGUCAGUGAGGAUUAAUGACAUAAUAUUUGUGAGUUUGGAGGGUUAGCAGACCCUCAGUUCUGAAAAUGACCUCAGAUGUUUAUGUCUGUGGUACAAUGGGGCUCAUUAGGCAGAGAAAGAAGUAUUUAAAUGAUGAGUCUCCACAUAAUAGAUUAGAAAAAUGAUGACUAAUGUCCUCUGUGGGUACGGGGGGAGAUUUUGUAGUCCGUGGUAAAAGGUGCCAUCUGGUAACCUGCUGUCACUAUAUCAUUACGGAUCAAUUGUCAUGAAUAAAAUCACUGAACAUCAAAGUCAAUGGAAGAAAAGUAGCACUCAAACUUACAUCAGUCAACCCCCGAUACAAACUACAGCAGCUGUAGUUUUUCAUCUCAGUUUUACAGCUCCAUCCCUUCAGCACUUCUUCACUUAAAGGUGGGGUAGUCAGGAUCUGAGGAAGUUCCAGUUUUUAGGAGAAAUCUUGAAUGUAAACUCUACCCCUCCCAACCAGUUUUCCCCUCAGCUCCUCCUCUCCCCUCAAGCCCCGCCCACAAACAGACGCUCCUGCUCGCUCGUAUCGUUCCAGUUAAAUUCAGAUAUAAUGCAGAUAAAUACUUCAGAUAAUUACAAAUGGGGCCCAGUCAAGGUGAAAGUCAAAAGCAUUGGUGCUACUGUAGAUGCCAACAGACUACCAGCAAACACAAUGUUUGCAGGACUUCUACAACGAGGAUCAAGUGACAUAGUCCAGGACCCGAGGGAGGACAGUUAAGCGAUGGCGCUACAACACGCUACAGCAGGUCCGUUUGACAAGAAACACUUCUGUUACAGACACUUGUCUUACUUUGUUAAAGCGGUUUACCUGUCCAGCAGAAAGGUUACAGGGUCACCAAGAUCCCCAAGCGUCCCCCAUCGUUUAUGUUGACCCGGCUUUUUAGCUCUUGUCCGGUCUACCUCCGUUUUAAGCGCCCGUUAUUCCUCCAGAGUCUCCAGUAUUUACUUUGUUUUCUUGCUUGUGUCGGCAGUCGUGGCCAAAGGAGGAUUCAGACAAUUUUCCGAACUUUCUGGUUGGUUUCUACUGUCCGAUAUUGUAGCACGCUAACUUUGUUUGGGCUCCUGAACGACACGGGGGAGCAGCGUCUGCCUCACAACCAAUCAAGUUGGGGAGGUGAAGAACGGCUUUGUUUACAGUCAGAAAGAGCGGGCCGCAUAAAGAUUUUAAAAUGUUGACUACACAGACAUAACGAAACACAGUGAUAUGGUUAUAUUCCCAAAUGGAAUCAAUAACUAUUAGCUAUUGACUGAUAUUAAAAGCACCACAAAAAAAGAUGCUUCUUUAACAGAAUCCUGUCUACCCCACCUUAAAAACCUUCCCAGGUAUCCGUAUCUGUCCCCUGGAUCACCUCGGUUAUAAUUCUGCUCCAAUCUCUUUAUCUGGUUAUCAGAGAUAAUGCAGCUUUAAUCAGCGCUCAGAGACAUCACACAGCACCAUGUCAGCCUUUGAAGUUCUGCUUCAGACAAAAGAGAAUUAAUGAAAGUUUUCUUAGAAGAAAAGCUUUGGACUCCUUCACUCCCCCUCACACUGAACCUCUUUAACUUUAAUUACUACGGCUCUGAAACUAGACUGUGAACUCUCAGCGAGUGCUUUACUUUCCCUCCCUUCUGGCUCAAACUAAACCGAUGGUUUUAGCACUAAAGUCUGUCAUUAAGUACCUCUGAAUUUACGACCUCAUUGUGACCCUAAACUCUCUUUACUCCCUACAAAAGCUCAAACCUACUUCAAGAUUCACUGUCUGUCAGUUCGUCCAACAGGACUGCAGUAAAAUAUGUGAAGUGAUUCCAAAUGUCAGGGAUGAAAUGGUCGACUGUGAUUUACUCCUUCACCCAGAUGUUAUUCAGGCACCUGUUUAAAGGAUAUUGUUGGAUAAGGAGGUUAAGAAAAGAGACGUGCGAUUUAUUGUUCAUGCUGAGUCGACAACUUUGUGGUAAACAAGUAAAACUGACUGCAAGUAAACACAAUUCAUGAUCUUUGCUGUGAUGCCUGUACAAAAGCAGACUGUGCAUACCGUGUAUCUUUCUUACUGUAUGACUGUAACCACCCUGGAGCUUCGCCACAAUAGCUGACGCAUUUAUUACACAAUCAAUAUUAGAUAUGACCAGGCGCUGUGAAGAGUUCUUCAGUGGAUUAGACAGUGAUUGAAAUUUACAGAGAUGCUUCUCUAUAAUCAACAAAAUCAUGUGGGAUUAUCUUUAUGUAGGGUUUAUGCCUGUGACAUUAGAAUUAGAAUAACUAUUUAUCCUUGAAGGGAAAUUCAAUGACACAAGGUUUGGCGAUAUGGAAAGAAUUCACAAAUUAUAGUUUUAUUUUAUCAUGAUUUUUUUGGAGGGUAGUAAUAUGAUCUUUGUAAUAUUUGUGUUUUUUUAUCAAAAAUCACUCUGUUCUUCGACACGUAAACAAUCAGCUGGUCGGCCAUGUUGGAUAUACUGGUGAAUCUGACGUCGCAACAACACGAAAUCUGAUUGGACAGAAGUGGACACACAGUAUGCGAAUCGACCGUGAUACGAAAAAAGAAAAGUAGCAAUAUCGCAGGACGGGAAAACAUCACUGAUGUGAACGCUUGUUUCGACAGGAUACGGGUUCGAAAAAAAAAUAUUGACGUCUGAAACAAUCGCACGAUAAAAACGCUCCCGGUGUGAAAGGACCUUAAGUCUAAAGUUUUAUGAUUUUCAUAUCAAACUGUUGGACUAACUGUCCUGAGAAAAUCCAUCAUUUCAUCUUUUUUUUAAACCCCUAACACAUCCUGACUCAGCUUCCUGGUUCAGUAUUUUACUCAUGUCGCUCUCAUCUGUCUUUACCAAAAUGUCAAGGAUGAUCAUUUUUGUAAAAAAGCGUGUGUGUGUGUGUGUGUGUGUGUGUGUGUGUGUGUGUGUGUGUGUGUGUGUGUGUGUGUUCAGUGACAGAGGGUGGCUGAACAUAGAGAGAAAAAAAAAAACGGGCUGGUUCUCUCCAGAAAUCUAGGUCACCUGCUGCCAGCCUCCCUCAGAUCUCGCUCACGCUCCUUCUGUAGAAACUCUGCCAUCAGCUUGACUUCUACAAAGCUGCUUUGAAAUUCUGUUUUGGUGAAACAAUGUUGAACAGAGAUGAAUCAGCAGACCAAAAGCCUCCCAGCCACUCUGACAUAUUUAUUAGAGGGCACAAUGUCAAGCUCUGUGUUGAAAUUCUCUCCUGUCUGACGGGAUACUCCCUGUUUCUAUCAGCUGUGAUGAAUGAAAGGUCACAGUACCACCACCCAAACAUCUCUGUUCUUGUUUUGUUCUGUAGGUGGACGGUGACAGGCCGGAGGAGGCUCGGCUGAUAGAGAUUGAUGAAUCCCAGCGCAGCGAGCACACAGUCUUCAUCACACCUCCAGAGCUGCCUCCUCUGCCCGAGGGGGAGGAAUAUCCUCUCUGCUACAAGUAAACGCUCAGCUCCUCAUAUCUCCUCUUUGAUGGUAGACAAAAUCAAAGUCAGUUUUCCAAAGAUUUGCUUCUGCUGAUUCUCUGGUGCAUUAAUUUGAUGUAUUUGGUCACUACCUGCUGCUUCUCUCUGGAUUUUUCAUCUCCACCUCUCAUUCUAUUGUGGAGUUGCGGCUCAGAGGCAGAGCAGUAAGAGUGUCCACGUUUCAAAGUGUCCUUGAGCAGGACACUAAACCUCGAUUUGCUCUCAAUGUAAAGUCAUAAAGACCGCCUCGAUGUGUGUGCAAAUGAGUUGGAUUCAGUCCUGAGGAGCAUAUUUGCACCUGACUCCACCAUCAGUGUAUGAAUGUGACUCAUGCACUCACUCACUGUAUUGAUAAAUAGGAAUGACCCCGGCCUAGCGCGGUUUUAUAUGCUUCAUUGGAUCUUGAAUCUUUUACAGACUUUUUGAUUUGUCUGUUUUCUUUUCACCUUGCUCCUACACACCUGCUUUUAAACAACGUGCUGAAUUCCCCUCUGCGAAGUCUGUACUUGCUUUUACCAUGUCUAUCUUUUACCAACCACUGCCAUUUGGCUCCAAUCUGAACCAUCCCGCAUCGUCUAGACCUCACUUCUCCUUCAAGAGGGGCAGGAACAUUGAUUCUUGGUCGGCUUUCUGAGCAAGUGUUUGGCAAUUAUAGAUGAAGAGGAUGUGCACUCUGUUCCAACUCUCUUGAUACUGAAACUCACUCUUCUCUCUCUCAGAAAAGAGUGGGGAUAAAUGACUUAAAAGAAUUCAUUAAUUGCUUCUCGACUCAUGUCGUCUCCAUCUUCAAGUGUCCGUGUGGCCUGAUCAAUGUUGGCCAAACCAACCACCAUUUUAAGGCUAUGUUCAUACUGCAGGUUACGACAAUUCAGAUUUUUUGUUAAAGCCGAUCUUACAACAACAAAUGCAGCAUCUAAUGUGAACGGAAUGCGUCCGUGAAGUGACCCGCAUGCGCACAAAGCAAAACUAAACUAGGACUCGGUGUUACCACUCAAGAGACAUGUUUUGUAAGUUGCUUUGACAACAGUGCUAACCUUCAAUCAUAAACUUAUGAAUAACUCUCCUGUGUCGCCGACAGAGCUGCUCACUGGGCUGGCUGCUGUGGUGGUGCCUGGAGAGUCAGCGGGGUCCUCUAUGGAGUUAUCAAGCAGCUCUAAAGGCAGACAGCUGGGUUUGUCAGCCAGAAUUUUAUCCAGCUCUCCAUAAAAUUGACAGGUUACACGACCGCGUCCGCUUCUUUGGUUCACAUCCUUUGUCUCUUUAUAUUUAGAGCGAAGGCGUUCCUGCAGCCAGGAACGCUUGAUGCCUCGCUCGGCCAAUUCCUUGGCAAUUUCCUUGAACACCGGCGGUUUCGGUAUGAGCCCUCCAUUUUGGCUUGAACUGACUGGUCUCCUCAUAUAUUUAUCAACUCGAAUGUUUCUUCUUUUCGCCACUGGCUUGUUCUCCGUUCCCUCGUCCGCCAUUGAUUUCCGCACCUGUUUGUGUUGUCGAACAAUGGUGACGUUUGUCGCACAUUGAUGAUGUAUAGGUCGGAUGAACGCGACCUGAUCGUCCACACUGCAGUCACAUCGGAUACAUAUCUGAUUUAUAUCUACAUACAAAAGAGGCCUGGGUCGGAUUUGAAAAAAAAGUUAGCCACUGGGAUGUAAUAUUGGUGUGUUUAAUCGUUACAGUUUUAUUAUUUGUUAUUCCCAUGUGUCUCGUAAUCUCGUAAACAUUAAACAGAUUUCAUUUGCAGAAAUAGAAACUGAGCCAAUCACAGCGCGUUGGUUUGACAAACGUAUAUAAAGUCAGGGUAAAGUCACAUCAGAGUUCAGCGGUGUGUUUAUGUUUCUGCAGCUCUGCUUACACAGUUGAUAUUCACUCAACAUUCAGUCUCUUUACUCGACGCUCACAGUGAACAGCAGAGCUGAAAUCAGAGAAUCUAAAUCGUACAUCGGGUUAAACCUUUUUUUUUAAUUUGCAUCAGUUAUCGCAGAUUUUCGACCAGCAGGAGUCCAGCUCUCACUGACACCAAAGACUGAACACCACCGCUGGACUGUGUAGGUCUGGAUAUUUGUAUUCUGCGACCACGUUUCACUGGAAAACGCUCCUGCCAAAAGAUUUAGAGAACCACUUAAAUGAAAGCUCUGUAAUAACACAUAAUGAGCGGCGGUGUCCGUGAGUUUUAUUAUCAGCUCUCUUGUCAGAUAAUUAUCCGCUGUAAUGAUCCCUAUAACCUUGGAAGGAAUCAUUCAAUCACAGAUAAUGUUUUAUCCUGCCGGCAUCGAGAGCUGAGAGGGAGAGAGGAAUGGGUGCCUGUUGUCACUGAUCCUUGUAUUUAUGCUCUUCAUCAGGUAUGAUGGUUUUCCAGUGCUGAGCCUCGACCUGUUUGACCCUGUGGAAGGUCUGCGGACCCCCUCUUCUCGCCUCGCUGCCAGGCACAGCUGUCCCACCAGCCCUGCCCCCAUGUUUAGACGCACCAAACAGGUCAGCAGAGCGGUAACUCACCGCUGUCGCCGAAUGAAUCAUUGAUUUAUCUGUUAAGGGACUGAGCUGGAGCCACAAAAACUGAGAGCAACAGUACAAGGUUGAUUUUCUUUCACCACAACGUUUCAGUUUCCCAAAAAGUCAAUAAUAAAUCAGACUAUCAGCUAAUCCUUUCUUUUACAUUUGGCAAUUCAGAAAACACAAAGAACUGCCUGGAGCGGUCCUCACACUGAAAAGAGACCAAGAGCCGAGGGAUAGAAGUUGAAUCUCUUUUGUAAUGUGGUUAAGAAAACUGAUAUGACUCACUGAGUCGAAGGACAUCCAGCCCAGAAGGUUUCAUAUCUGAUUGGUGUACGUCCUAAUCCUCCUUUUUUCAUCCACAGGAGAUCAAAUCAGCCCAGAAGAUCGCCAAGAAAUACUCCUCCAUCCCUCAGCUGUGGUCCAAAUGUCUGCUGCGUCACUGUUACGGCCUGUGGUUCAUCUGCCUGCCAGCGUACGUGAAGGUGUGCCACUCAAAGGUGCGGGCGCUUCGUACAGCUUACGACGUCCUCAGGAAGAUGCAGGCGAAGAAGCUGCAGCCUCCUGAUGAGGUAUGAACUUUUUGUUUUUUGUGUCAUCUUCAGAUUUAUUAAAAGGAUUUAAUGUCCGUUUGUCUGAAUGAAAACAUCUCCACAUGCUUUGUGCAGGUGUGCUAUCGCGUGCUGAUGCAGCUGUGCGGACAGUACGGCCAACCUGUGCUGGCAGUCAGGGUUCUGUUUGAGAUGAAGAAAGCUGGAGUCCACCCCAACGCCAUCACUUACGGCUACUACAACAAGGUACAGAUAUGAUCGCUGCCAACAAAACACUGGGGUUUAUUUACAUCUCUGCUUAUGCUCUAAAAUAAAUCUCAAAGUUUCAAGGAUGCAGCCUCUCAACACCCAUCCACCAUCCAAGCACCAUCAGAAGAGAUUCUCCUGAUGUUGGUGUGUUAGUUAUAAUCUGUUGAUUCAGCUGCUUAAAAACUUCACAAACUUGUCGGAGCAAAAUAUGGGAAAGACCGGAUGCUCCCUUUUUCAUCCGCAAGAAUGGUAAAGAGAUGGACUAAGUCAGCGAUUAAAAAGUAUCCAAAGUGAGAUCACAGACUGAGACUAAAAUCCCCCACAAAGACAUGAAAACAUAAAGUUAAAAGAAAAACAAGAAUGAAGUGGAGACGGGGACAGAAAUAUUCUAAAAUAACAUUUCCUCCUUUAUAAAUGGUGUCAAAAGGACAUUGAAAGCAGAUCAAUCAGCUGCUUUUUCUUGAUCAAUAACUUAAUGAUAAGUUUAUUUUGUAUCCUGUUAGAAGACUCUUCUGCUAGUCCACAACCCCCUUAUUUUAAUUUAAUAUCAUAUUUGAUGAAAAAAGCAGUAAAAUCUCUCAUUUAAGAGUCUGAAACCAGCGGAUGUUUGACUCUGUUGUUGUAAAAUGAGAGACAGAUUGAUAAUUAAAAACAGUGUGGGAUUAAUUUCCUGAAGUGAAACUGUAAGGUUGAUGAAAAUACGACGGAAAACUUUUGGAUUCCUGACCUAAAGCUGAGACAGACUGACGCUCAUUGUCUGUUCAUGACUCAUAUUAACAUCAUGAUUCAUGUUUCUGAAUUAUCCACCUGUUUCCUUCUGCUGUUUCUGGUUCAUACGAGGCAGAGACCUUUUAUCACACGACCUCCUCUGCAGACAGACAGAAUGACAUUUGUAGUUUCCUGCCAAGGCCACAGAGGGGUCCUGGGUGAUCAGACUCAGGAGUCAGGGUGAAUCAAAGCUCUGCUAUCAUUGAAACCCGCCUCAGUCCCUGACGUAAAAACCCAGGGGGUAAAAAGGUAAAUGUUCUGAUGUGACACAGGAGCAGAUGAGUCUGCAGUAAAGGUUAUUCUGACCCCUCCGAGGAUCUUAUUUCAUCUUAGAUGAAAGAGGCCCGGAGGCACGAGGAGGCUGAUGGAGCUGCAGCUGCUGCUCCGAACAGCUGCAGGUGUUUGUAUUUUCACUGGAUGCUCCUUCAAGAUCUAAAGAUGUUUGAGUUACUUUAUCUCUUUCCUUCAGUCGUCCCUCAGAUGAAAAAAAAAGACAAACAUAAACACCUGAAAUAAGUCUGAGUCUUUUGUGAAGAGGAUCAGUCGAGGAAGUCGUCUUUUGUUCACUCAAAAUAAAAACUUUAUUCCCACAAAUCUUUGAUAUCAUGAACUUGUGAAUUGUCGUCGUCCUCACGUCUGCAGGGGGCAGCCUCACUUCACCUGGUCCAAAUCCUCCGACUCCUCCUCAUGCAGAAGCAGGCGGCGUAAUAACCAGUUCUGCUCAGUAACAUAUCACUCGUGUUUUUCCUCUGGAGGCUUCUGAAGUCUAUUUCAGGACUUCUGAACGUGACUCGGAGAACAACAGCUGCAGCUCCUCUUUCUUUUUCUUUUCCUAUGUUCAGUUUCACCGCGUCUCAAAUGCUUUUGAUGAAAAAUUCAUUCAUAAUGAGGAUCAGUGGAGCAGAAAUGAGGUCGUUUUUAAAUGUUAAGUUGAAAUAAAGUGAAUAAAGUUACAGUCUGCAGAUAACUGUGGGAAUAUUUAAUGUCGGAGGACUUUUUGAAAUGAUAAAAACAGGGAUAUGCUUCAUCACUGGAGUAUGAAAUGAAAUGACUUUGACUCUGCUGUAUGAAAUUUUGAUCAGACUUUCCAAUCUCAGUCUUCUCUGUCCCUGUCAUUCCUUGUUCUUAAUAUCCAGGCGGUGUUGGAGAGCACUUGGCCCUCCAGCACCAGAGGAGGGUACUUUCUGUGGAUGAAGCUGAGGAACGUCGUCCUGGGUGUGGCGCAGUUCAAACGGGCGCUGCGACGCCACGCCCCCCUCACACAGAGCCCCCUCUCAGGUAUCUGUCGUCGUUAUUGACGCUCUGCAUGUGUGAGGAAGGGAAUGACGAAGCAUGAACCCGCGAUGAGAAACCCUGACACAUCCCCAUCGUAGAGUUUUAACACCUGCAGCAAUAAAAGCGUCAAAAACCAGAUUCACUGUAAAGAAAGAAAACAGACUGGAAUCAGGAGCAUGCAAAAUUAAAACUAAUACAUUUGUACUUCAUUUUUUAUUCUUAAUUUCUUUAUAUUGGACACAUUAGCAUAAAAACAGUUAAUUAGCAAUAACAUAAAACAGAUGAAUAACAGAAAUGAACUGAUCAGACCAAACUCUGAGCCUCAAAGUCAGUGUGAAGCUGAGAUCAAAUGUAUUAAAUCCAAAAUACUCUAAGUUUAUUACCCAAUUAAAAGGCUGUCUGCUUUUUCCAGCUCCCGGUUUAAUAGGCCUUUGAAACUCCACUUAGUCGGCCAUGAGGAGAGUCUUUAUCCAAGAAGUCAUUACCAUAAAUACAAUAUAAAUAAAUGAUGGUCGAAGGCUUGUGAGGUAGCGACAUUAUAAAACUAAACACUCUCCUGUUAUGCACUGAGAAUCGACAUUUCGUAUAUCUGUUUGCAGAGAUGAAAUGGUUGAACUCCCCUGCAUGCCCCAGAAUAUCUGCACAAGCUCAUUAAAGAUCCGCUAGUCUCUGCUGCCCUCAAACACCCCGAACCCUCAGUCAGCAUCGUGUUCCUAACCUUUAACCUUUAACCUUUACUUUGGUUCAGUUUUGGUUUGUUUGGAAAGAGAGAAAAACCUGCACUCAAUACUCCAAACACGGUUUAAUGGACUUUCACUGAAACACAGAAGGCAGAAACGAUUUAAGGGUCAUGUUCGUUUCUUACAUUUAUGAGAAAUUCUGAAUUUAUUUGUCCGGUUUAUUUUUUGUGCAUAAAGUCAGACAGGAGCAUUUAGAUCAAUAUCACACACAGAGCAAAAGUUGAACAGUUGCAGAAACUCUGAUUGAAUUUAAGUCAAUCAUUUCAGCCCAUCCUGAACUUUCCUCUGUGCAGAAUCAGCUGGAGCUGGGCGAUAAACCGAAAAUUUACAGAUACCGAUGUUCACGACAAUAAACAACUCAACUCAACUUUAUUUGUUAAACACUUUAAAACAACCACAGAUGAACAAAGUGCUGGACAUAAAUAGACAUAAAAAACAAUCAAAAAACAACUAAAACGAUGGAUAAAAUAAAAGCAGAAUUAAAAAGUAAAAUAUAGUUUCAAUGCCAGCAUCAUUUUGCCCGUAUCUGGAUAUUCGGUGUCAAAAAAAAUACAUAAAAAAAAGUUGGUUUUGGACGCUGUCCUACGUCAGAGACGUGACUCCGCCCCAUCCAGUCUUUAACAAAGAGGUAAAGACAGGUGAGGAGAUGGAGAAGACGAAGUCAAUGUGGGAGGGGGUGAGCAGCUUGUGUAGUAGUUAUUAUCCAUUUAUCGUUAUUGAGGUGAACUGAUCAAUAUAUCGUGACAUUGAUUUGAGGCCGUAUCGCCCAGCCCUAGAAUCAGGUAUAAACUGUGAACCCUUGUUUGCAUCGUGCAAAGAGCUCCUCUACCAUUUAUAAAGGGAUGAUUAUGAUUAUUAUUAUUAUUAUGCGCUCUGUAAAUACCAAUAUGGAUGAAAAUGUUAAUGUUUUUUUAAUCUAAUUAGUCUCCCUUUAUUCAGUAGUUAGUUUUGCAGCCAAAACUCCCGUCUGUUUGCCUUUUGUUCCUCAUGUGUGAAUCUUUGAAAUGACACAUAAUUUAGUCUCUUUAAAAGGUCCGAGAGGUUGAAGUCCGCAGCAGUUAUUGGAUUUAAGUGUUUAUGAGCACAAAAGAAUAGCUUUAAAAAUGAAGAAACAAAGUCACAUGAAAAUCCUUCAUAGUUGUAAUUGUUGGUAAACAGUUUGUUGGCGUCUUAAGUCUCUGCACGUUAACCUGACCUGAUCUCUUCAAAGACUUCCCAGGAUGUGCUUUUAGUUAAUUGGACGUAAUGAAUUGGAAGUCUUACAACUGAGUCGGUGUUUGUUUUCAGUUUAAUGAGGACUAAUUUACAUCCUAAUGAUCUGAAGUAAUUACAGCUGAACAUCACCUCAUUUUCAGGACAUAGAUACCCAUUUAGAAGAGUUUCAGCCAUCGUUUUACUCUGGUGACAUAAUUUAAUUAACGCUGUUUAACGACUCGAUGUGAAGUUCUCAUCGAUUAGUUAUAAACGACUGGAACUAAACGACAGAAGUCAGAAAAAAACAACUUUAAAAAGUAAAACAACAAGUUUCCGUCAGCGACACUCAAAAGGCGAGUGUCAGUGAAGCCUUGUGACCUCAGAGUGGCGCCCCGCCUCCUUUUAACCCCUUGUUGUUUUUGGGCAGAUGGCAGCGACCUGGACGCUGUGAGUCACGGCAGCCUGGAUAGCUCUGCUGACACUAACCUGACCGAGCAGGGCCCCUACACCACUGACUCCGCCAAAGUUUACCCCACUGAUGAUAGAUCUAGCACAGGUACACUCAACAUGGCCGCUGCCUGACGUCACCUUUCACAGGCAGCCAUCUUUGUCCUCCAUCUUUGUCUCUCGAUGACACUUUAAUUAUCCUCCUUUCUCAUUCCUCCCUUUGUUUGUUUUCUUCGUUUUUGCCUCCUCCUCUUAAUCCUCCAUCCCUCCGCCGCCUGUUUUCUCCACCCUCCUUCUCCAUCCGUGUUGUCUCCUCCUGGUUUUGCGGCUGUGGUUUCUGCUCUGCUCUGUCCCUAACCCUGCCCUUCACUCUGGCCCUGCCUGUGUUGCCCUUGCAUGCAGCCGGCGGUGGGGGCGGCAGCGUGGGCGCCAGGGCCCCGGUGGCCCACUCACGCUGGGGGGGCUCUGAGCUCAGAGAAGCCACCCUCCAUCCAGGUAAACCUCUCUUCCUGUCCACCUGUCUGUCUCUCUCUGGUGUCACUUCGAUGUCUCAUCUUACCUGCUCUGUGAUGACGUCUUCUUUUUAUCCUCGCCGUCUCUUCCUCCCCGCUCUUCUCUCUCUGGUAUUCGCCUCCUCACUUCGACAUCUCUCCAUCUGGCACAUCACUCAUUCCCGCUCUUCUUCUUUUGCCUCCUCUCUCACUCGCUUCACCACCGAGUGAUUUGUCAUUGUCAAUUAUGCUGAGUAAUUACCCGGAGCCACAUUCUUUGUGAUUACGGAAAUCGUUUUAAUCACGAAGACGCCACGCUGUUCGGCGGGAGACUUCGCCUUUUGUUUCGGAGGGUCUGAGAUGGAGCUGCGGCUCACAGCGCAGCAGGAAGAAAGAACCUGGGAGUCUUCGUCAUUGAUUAUCACAGUCCUGGCAUGACUUUUGUCACUCUCCUCAGCCGAGCCGUGCAGCCGUAUGUUUUAUUUAGACGAGGGGAGGGGGGCGGCGGUUGCAGAGGUUGGUGGCAAAGAUGAAAGAGGGAGACAAAUCAUCAGACAGCUGGUGUCCUGCAGACCGGAGGGACUUUUAGAGACAGAUGGAGGAGUCAGCCGAGAGUGACAGCAGCUCCAACAACAAGUCUGGAGGACUUAGAUUCAUUAGCAGCUGUGAAACUGUGCUUAGCCUCCUGACUGUAACUGUAACUGAGGAAGAUUAGCUUAACUCCUCCUCCUGCUACGACGCUGCAACGCCGUCCCAGAGUGGAGACGAUAAAGGAGAAGAAAAGCCGUUAUUUUUAUUAUCUCUUCUAUAGUCCAAUUUACACCUCCUCCUACUUCAGGGUUAACGCUCCAGUGAGGAGGUUUGAGCUGGUAAUGAAAUCGACUCAAAUUAAUUCAGAGGUUUUUAUACAAUAAAAGCUCCUCAGAGAGAAGACGGAGUAUUUCUGUAGAGUUAUUCUGAAUGUUGGUCCUGAUGCGAGAUGCUGCAGACACUCACGGCCUGUUGAGAUCCAUCGUGAGAAUUUGCACACGUUUGCAAUAGAUUAUCAGUGCCCAGCAUAAGUCAGUACAUCCCUUAUUAAAAGUAACGUAUUACUCAAUAUCUAGAUGAGCAAAAGUACAAUAUCCAGAGUUUUGACAAAGAUAAGUUCAACAUAACAUUUUAUUUACCAUAAGAUGAAAAUAAGGGUGAUACGGUAACUAAAAUGUAGCUUUGCUCCCAGAACUUUGAUUGAUGUGAACUCAUUUUUACAUCCUGAUUUUAAAUUAAAUAUGUUCAUUAUAUCUGAUUGUCAUACCGUUGUAAUUUUGUGGUUUGAGUGACAUUAACUGAAUUGUAACUUGGGAACUAAAUGGUAUAUGACUGUCUGUGUUGGCCAGCAGCUAUAUUUUUAUUUUAUUAAAUAUAUUUUUUAUUGUGUUUUGUUUAUGCUGUUGUUGCUUUUUUAGAUUUAAAUAAAUUUUAUUAUUUUAAGUUUGUUCUUUGUAAAUUGAUUUCUUGGGAUAAAGGGGCAGAUAAAAUAAGAUUAGCCUUCUCUCUGCUCCUUCAUUCUAGAUAGGAGAAUGUUUCAGAAUAAGAAUAAUGUUUGUAUUUAAAUUAAAUUAUUUCUUUUUAUUUAUAAAUGAAUUAAAUAAUGAAUAAAUUUUAAAAAAUUGAAGAAAAAAAAAUUUUGUAUGGAGCUUAAAAAAUCUUGUUUGCAAUCAUUAGCCUAUGUUUGGGGGAGAAUUUAGUUGUCUAGUCUGACAAAGAAAAUGUUGAUUUUGAAAGGAAACCAAAAGUUUUCUAAAAACUCUGAAGGGAUGUACUCAUUAAUGCUGAGCACUGUAGAUAAACUUGUGCACGUGAUACUUCAUACCCAAAUUCUUGAGGCCGUGACACAGUCUGCAGAAACAUUAUGGUCAGUGGAGCCACUGUUGGGACUGUUUUUACAUCCUUCCUACUAACCAAAGCAGCUUCGAUCAAAUGUCAGACGUCUGUAAAAUCUGAUGAAGUGUCAGAGCUCUCAGGUGGGUACAGGUUCUCCCCUUUGGCCUGAAGUUGAUCGACUCUCAUUUGUCAACAAUCGUACAGUUGAAGUCGAUAAAGUCAAACUGAACUUCUCUUAAACUCCGAUCAGAAACGACGGGAGACCUAAACCUGUGAAAACGAACUCAGGCUGUUUUUCUGUCGAGGUUUCUUUUCCAUGCAUUGUGUCGCAUAUUUAUCUGUGAUCUUGUGGUUCAUCAGGGACAUCUGUCUCAUCCGUCUCUCUUUCUUCCUCUUCUUCAGGAGAUCAAUCAGAUCUGGGUUACAACUCUCUGUCCAAAGAGGAGGUCCGCCGAGGAGACCCCGGCGUCCCGGACAAAGACGACAAGAAGGAGAGCGACUGCAGCUCCUGUUAGUUUUCUGUCCGAUCACCUGAUACUUCUUUUUUUUUUAUUUCUCUCUACUUUAACUUCUAAAAAACGAUAACUCGGCAGCCUCGCAGCCUCUCAGGAUUUCCUCUUCCUCUGCCUUGAUCUUUCUUUCUCCUCCAGAGAUGAUUCAUUCAUUCUGGUUUCUCAACAUCAGAGAGUUUCAGCCUUUAAUGGAUUUUUUUUUUAAAGAGCAGCCCCCUCUUUUUUUCACGCUGAGCUGGUAGUAAAUUUUAAAUUGUAAUUUUUCGUCUGUAGUGUCGGAAACGGAGAGCAGCAAAGGAAGCAAAGACUGCCUGCCUCAGCUGGACGUGGAGGCCCAGUCCUCCUUCAAACCCCGAGGGAUCGUUCGCAGCAGCUGUCCGUUUGACGACGCUUCGUGUAAACCCAAGAGCUCCGCCAGCGCAGGUGAGGAAGUUUAAUUUAGGAGUAUCCACAACCACAUCAGGACAUCAGGAUCGAUCACUUUAAUUCCUUCAUGGUUCAUCCUGUUACCUGUAGCCUUUUCUGUUCAUCAGCAGCUCAAACCUCACAUCACCGACUCUCCUGUAGUUAACUUUCGCACACAGCCUUCAUCUUGAAUUUUUCAUCAAAGCACCUGAUAUUUCCCGAUGCAGUUUCUCUUAUUUCCCAUUAAAAAUUCUGUCAGAAAAGUUAGUUUCAGCCUCGACGUGCACCUUUACCUCGAUAUCUCUUUUUAGAAAACGAUUCAGGAUUUGAAAGUCAAGAUUAAACUCUGACACACUUCCUGCUCUUCUCCUCUUUUACUCCUUCUUCUUCUUCUUCUUCUUUCCUUUAGGCCACGUCGCAGGCCUCCUCUUCACCUCCUCCCUGGAUGAGAUCGGUGAGGUCCACACCAACAGUUUGCUCAGGAGACAUAAGAGCGCUCUGGAGGAGGUGGUCGGCAGCUCCGGCGGCGGCUCAGCUCUCGACUGGCAGAGCGCGAGGGCCCGCCGGCUGAGCGGGGACACGGUGGGCAGCAGCGGCAGCGGCACCACCGUCCUCGGCCUCGGUAUGAGCCAGGGAGAGACCGACCCGGAGAAGAUCGCCGGACACCUGGCCGCAGACGUCAAAAUCCUCUCUGGCGCGAACUUCAGUAAAAAGCUGAGGCCGCGGUCGCUGAUCUUGGGCGUGUCGGAGGGAGCCGCCGCCAAGACGGGUGUGUCCAGGUGUCAUGACCACAUGGAGGAGGAGGAGGAGGAGGAGGGAGAGGGGCCGGACUCCAGUGAUGAGGACAGAAGUAACGCUGAGGCCAUUUUUGAUUUGGAGGAUCUAGAUCUAGAUAAACCAGCAUCAGGAGGGGGUGCUAAAGUAACGCAUAAAAAACCCGUUGGGCGCAGUGCCAGCUACGGCGCCGUGAGCACCGAGGCGUCGAGAGGGGCCGUGAAACGCACAGACAUCGAGACGGGCUAUGAUCCGCUGUCCCUCCUGGCUGCAGAGACCCGGUCUAAACCUCAAAUCGAGGAGGAGUCUCCGGAGGAGGACGAGGUCAGCACGCCGAGCGCCCGCAGGCACCUGGCGAGGGAGAUCGAGCUCUACAUGAACCACAUGGGCAGCCCGCUGAGCAGCCGCACGCCAAGCCUGGACCUGCAGGACCCCGCCAGCCCCCUUCUCCUCCACCCCUCUGCCCCCCGCAGAGCCAGCCUGCCCCACAGCUCCCCCCUCAGGACUGCAGGAGUACCGCGCUCCCGCACCUUCCACCCACCCUCGCCCUCUGAAGCCAUCUCACGCCAGCGCCUGUGGUCGUCUCCUCCCGGUCACAGCUCCAGCACCACCCCCAGCCCCAGCCCCCGACCGAGCCCGUACAGGGAGAGGAGGGACAGGAUGGGCCUGGCUUCACCUUCACCCUCCUCUUCCUCGUUCGCCCUGGACACUCUCCUCACACCGACCUUGGACGUGUUCAAGACCAGCGUGGUCUCUGCAGGGAAGGGCGUGGCUGAGAAGGCGAGCCGCUGGUACUCUCGACUCGCCACGUACACCACACCCACCAAGGUACGUCUCAUUUUAUUUCAGUUCAGGAGGACAUCUUUGUCUUUGGUAUCUCGUGUAAACCUCUCAUAUGAGCAGUGGUCUUUAAAAAGCCUGAAUCUGGAGUGGUGCUGCCCUCUUGUGGCCGUUUGUGUAUCUGAUUCAACUAAAGAAGCGACUUAUCCAUCAAUCAAACACACGACUGAUAAGUGCAGAGUCACCACGCUGCAGGAUCACAGGAACUCUAAGGAAACUCGUGCUGACAGGGUUCACAGCAUGAGCUUUAGUUCUCAUCUGUCUCAUGUUUGUCUUCCUCCUCUCUCGUCUCCUCACAGGAGGGUCUCAGCGAUCGCCUGAGUGUCUCCUCUCUCGGUGUUUGCGAUCCGGACUGCUCCACCCUGCUGGACGAGGAGGACUGCAGAGAGUCCGGGAGCUCAGUGGUCUCUCCUCAGAGGAACGGCCCCAUGGGACCACGGAGAAGCCCCAGACGCAGCCCCCUCCGCAGCAGACUGGACAGCCCCACCGCUGGCCCCAGUCUCGGGAGACCCACGUCUCUGCUCCCAGGUAAGACGAGGCGCGGCGCAUCAAAAUUUCACGAUCUUUCAUCAUGUCAAAGGUACAGUUGUGUGAAGACGUCGUGUUUCUCCUACAGGAGGUGUCAUGUCUCCUCCAGGCUUCCCUCUGCCGGAUAAGUCCGACCUCGGCUCUUCUCGCUACACCAGCAACACCAGCAUCUUCAACAACUACGCCAUGGAGGUAAAACCAGUAGACAGACGAGUAAAGGUGGAAAAACUUAAUUUAGACGUAUUUUAGCCCAAAAUCUUUGAUGCGACACGAGAGCAAAAAAAGCAUCAAGUGUGUGAUUACUAAUUUUAUGGGGAAAAGUUUUGAUAUGAGACUUUCUGGAGCGUCUACAUAAGCAACAGUUUUCUCUAACUCUUCAUACUAACUCUAACAUACUGAGUAUUUCAAUGAUUGAAACAUAGAAGACACAAAUGACAACUCUGUUUUAGUUUUGAAGAGAUUGAACGAUCAGGAAUUGAUCUGGAAACAAACAGAAAUAUGAUCCUGAUCAGUGAUCGACUAAAACAAAGGUGUGUGUGUGUGUGUGUGUGUGUGUGUGUGUGUGUGUGUGUGUGUGUGUGUGUGUGUGUGUGUGUGUGUGUGUGUGUGUGUGUGUGUUUGCAGCUGCUGAUCUCCAGCUGUUCCCGCUGUAAAACAUGUGACUGUCUGGUUUACGACGAGGAGAUCAUGGCCGGCUGGACGGCCGACGACUCCAACCUGAACACCACCUGUCCCUUCUGUGGAAACCCCUUCCUGCCGUUUCUGAACGUGGAGAUCAGAGACUUACGAGGACCCGGCAGGUACCCAGCAGACCACGAUCCGGUCUUUACCUCCUUUUUGUUGUUUUUAGACCCCUCCCCCCAUCAAAAAUGCUCCUCCUUCUCCUCUCUGCAGGCUCUUCCUGAAGGGCAGCCCCUCGGUAGAUGAAGCGAUGACCUCCUCGUACUCGGCCUCCACAGGCCUCGACACAGGAACCUCCACCUUAUCCACCCCCUGUCCUACUACGGCUGUCUCCCCUCCCUCACCUGAGAUCGCCAUCCAGGAGGGUUCAGGCGGUGGAAGGUACAAACAGAUCGAAACCCUCGUGAGGGUGCAGCGAGACGCCAAGUUCUGGAGGGAUUCACCUCGCUCUUGUUUUGUUUCUACAGGACCAGAUCAACUCAAGCGCAAGGUAUCAACAUCCCUACAGACCUCCGACAGGGGGCGCUCUACUCUGGAGGACCCAUGGCUCGCAGUGUCAGCGCUUUCGGUCCCCUGGAGGAAAGAUCUCGACCCAGACUCUGUGUGCCGACGUCAGGCAGCUUGCCGAGUCGUCUCAAUGAAACCCCGGUAUGAAAACCUCAGACCUUUCAAGAGUUUUAAAGAGUCCCUGUAACCGUGAUAAGACCAGAUCCAGAUCAAGCUCUACCUCGUUUCAGGACCCCCUAAAUAUGGAGUGGCGUCUCCACAACCCUGAGCCGGUAACGGUCCCCUACCUGAGCCCUCUGGUCCUGUGGAAGGAGCUGGAGAGUCUGCUGGAGAACGAGGGCGACCCGGUGAUCACAGAGGCCGACAUGGUGGACCAUCACCCCAUCAUCUACUGGAACCUGGUCUGGUAUUUCAGACGGCUGGACCUGCCCAGCAACCUGCCGGGGCUCAUCCUCACCUCAGACCACUGCAACAGAGACUCCCAGGUCAGACACACCUUCAACAUCUUCACAAUCAUGAUUCAGUCUGCAGACUCACUGAGCUGCCGUCGGUUUCUGUACCCUCUUCAGAUCCCUCGUCACUGGAUGUCAGAGGACAGCAAACACGUGUUGAUCCAGAUCUUGUGGGACAACCUGAAGCUGCACCAGGAUGCGAUCCAGCCCCUCUACAUCCUGUGGAACACCUACAGUGAGUCCGUUUGAGUCUGAGUGUGAAUGACCUGAAUGAUCCACAGUGAAGAGUUACAGAAGAAGGGGAUGAAGAUAAACUUAGAUAGGUUGAUUUAACGCACAGGAUUUGAGCAGAUUUACAACAAAAUCGUUCAAAAUGAAAAAGUAGAGCUGAGACAGUCUUUGUGAAUAAAUCCUGAACAAAAUACAGUCUUCAAAUCUCCACAGAACAGGUUAGAAGCUCAGAUCUGUGUGGAGUUCAUAAUCGGUUCUUAGACAGAGAGGGAGGCGUGGUGAUGGCAGCUGGCUAACCGUUUGCUAACAGGCUCUGUCUGCUCUCUGUCUUUCAGGGCUUAAUUGUUCUCUGUUCUUAGAGAGUGAGUGUUCACCUCUCCUCUGCAGACCGCUCUUGUUUUUUCUGUGUGCUGUUCUGUCUGCAGACUUCCCGCUGCUCCUGUCUUUCCCACCUUUUCUGCUUGAUGCUUUUCCGUGUAUCAUUUCCUCCUCCUCCUCCUUCUCUAAUGAAUUCUCUGUGUUUGGAGUCAGCGUUUGUGUACAGUGUGAAAUUAUUUAACUAUAAUGGCAGAGGGGUUAAUUUUGUGACAUUGGAGCAUGUUUCUCUCAAAUACAGCCGUACUCUGUAUUUGAAAGUAAGGAUCGACCAAUAAUAGGCGAUAUUCUGCAUUUUUACAAUAAUCGGCAUCGGACGCUUUUUCCACCGAUAGCUGAUAAAAUAAGUUUAAAACGCGCUUGUUCGGCUCUCAUACAGCUGCUUCUCUCUGCCUGAAGCAUAGACUGUAGAUAAAAUGGACGCCGUCUGCCUCCUCGCUGGGUGAAGCCACUCCGAGAACAGCACCCUCUGGUGACGGGCUGCAGUAUAGGUCAUAAAUCCCGCCUCCACCAGCAAAGCUUAUGGAGCUGUAGACAAACUUUAUAAAUUAAUGACACAGAAUAUAAAUGUUUCUCCCCCCAGUUUGUGAUGUUGACAUGUAGUUACUGUCAGACUGGUUUGUGCUCAAGUCCUCUUUUUUCUGUGCAGUUCUUUAAGAUGUACUGAAUCACUAGGAUCAGUUCACUAAAAAGAUUUGUUCAAAAGAUUCGUUCACCAAAUCACCGAAUCAUUCAGUGCUUAGCGGGAGGAGCCUGUGACUCCGACCUCCUGAACCGAUACAGAGCUGAACAGUUCAGGAUUCAGUUUAGAUCGUAGCUUCUACCAGGAGAUGAGAGUGUUUGUCUGUGUCACUUUGGCAAACAGGUUAGUAAAAAUGAACUUGUUUAUAAGUCGUGAUGUUUUAAGUGUCCUAUGGUAUGCUAUUUAUCAGGUCUGCUCAGUAAAUUGGACUCAGUGAGUGAUUCGUUCACUGAAUGUUUAGAAGAAUUCACACUGAACAUGAACCGUCCCCUCACAAACCGCUGCAAUGAUAGAAUGCUGCGGGUUUAAUGCACUUCUUGUUACAUUUUGUGUCCUAUUGUAUGCAAGUUGUUCUUGUGGCAAUUUAGCAGUAAAAAAAAAGUUACUUUUGUCCGACGAAUAUGAUUCCAGAGAGUGAAGUUCAGUGUGUGAAUGUUCACCAAGUGAUUCAGGCGUCAGUGCAUGUGAUCCCUCGUUCACCGGCUGCUCACCUGGCAAUGCUGCGUGCUAUAGCAGCUCAGCUGAUGUAAGAAACAAACGAAUCACUUGAGGAAGUGAUUCAGUUCAGUACGUUCACUUAAAAGAUUCGGUUCUUUUGAAGCAGUGGUCUGACUGGAUGUGGGAGUCCUGUUUUUUUCACUGAUGUUUAUAAACACCGUAGAAGUUCGAGUUAAAGUGAACAAAAUAAAAAGCCGACAUCAGCUGUUGUAACAUGACAGUAAUAAAAUUGUUUAGCACUAUAGCAGGUACAGAUGAAGAAUACACAAAGUAGGUUAAUACACAUCACUUUAACCUGCUUCUCAAAUUCCGGCAGUCGUUACCCAGAGUCAGUCUUCACAGUCAAAAAUAAGAUUCUUUAACUUACACUUAAAACCACAAACCCACAGUUAAAACAAACACCAUGAACCACGGAGAAGUAAAACAAAAGAAACAAACUAGCAGGUAACAACACCUGAUUUUCCCAUUUCAAAAUAAAAGCAUGUGUUUCAAAAUAAGGCCAAAAGAUACAUUUUUCGGUUUCCUUGAUUACUAAUAAUCAUUACUAAUAAUCGGCCCUGUAAAAACCAUAUCGGUCGAUCCUUAUUUGAAAGCAUCUGUGGUGAAUAUGUUCCUCCAAUCAGCAUCUGUUAAAGGAUGUUGUUGUGGUGCUGAAGGGGCUGCGUGUGAAGAUCCCCAUCAUCAUCAUCUUAAGGUCAUUGUUACACGUCAGUCUGAAUGAUCAUGUGAUGAGCUCGCUGAAUAACUCAUGUGUUCUUGUGUGUUCUUGUGUGUGUGUGUUUUUUCUCAGAUGUAGGAUACCCUCUGUCCAGGCCGGUCCCGGAGGAGGAGAAGCCGUUCACGGAGGAGCUGCUGCAGAACGUGGUGAGGAGCAUCCAGAGGAACGACGUCAGCCGGCCCAUGGCUCAGCUGCUGCAGCUGCUGGGACAGACGAUCGGGGUCAAAAGGCAAAGGUCAGCAGCACCUGCCCAUCACAUCAGGCUUCCUUACAGUAUUUGUUAAAAAAAACUUCACUCCUGAGAGGUGAAACUCCGAGAGCUGAGGUUUCCUUAGUGGGUCAAACUCUCACUUUGUGGCAUUCGGAGUUUUGGAUACACAGCGCUGUGCAAAGUACAGAGUCUAAAUCUAAAGACUCUAAAUUAAACUUGUAAUGGUCGUAAACUGGGACACAGAAGUCCAGUGAAAUCUGGAAAAAUAUCCUUCGCUUUGUUUAACUUUCCAAAAUCUUGACUAAGUUUAAACUCUGAUGGAAACUAAUAUUGUGGCUUUAUCUGAGUUACUGUCUGGUUUCAUAUUUUGAUCUGGUUGUACUUCUAGAGAGGAAAUUGAAAUGUACCGAUCCUGUUUUCUGGACGGUGUGUGUGAACAGCUGUUGUCUGAACUCUUCCUCUCACAGGAGUUUGUACAGAGACAUCCUCUUCCUCUCUCUGGUGGCUCUUGGGAAAGAUAACAUCGAUAUCGGUGAGUUAUAAUCCACAUUUAAAGCGCGGCAGUCACAUGAUCACAGUUUUAAAGAUCCUCAGAUUUGAGCAGAGAGGAUUCAGAGUCGUCUCUGUUUUUCAGACGCCUUCGACCGCGAGUACAAGCUGGCCUACGACCGCCUCGUGCCGAGCCUGGUGAAGCUGACCCACAACUGUGACCGCCCCCCCAGCACGGGGGUGAUGGAGUGCCGCAGGACGUUUGGAGAGCCUUACCUGUAAAACAUCUCACCUUCACACCCGCACACGCACAUCCGGGAUUUGACCUGCGUCCACACACGUCGUCGUCGUCGUCGUCGUCGCUUUAAGAUGAGCUCAGGAAACCUGUUGGGAGACUGUGAAUGUGCACUACGGUGACGACUAACAGUUCAGUGUUCAGUAAAGGUACGGUCAGCAGCGCUCAGCUUUAUGUAGCCUGAAAAAAAGAGACUUUUUCUGAACUAACAGAUGAUAGAAACACUCACUCGUUCAUUAACUUCAUUCAGCGCUGUUACACCAGGCACCGACUCUGUGAAGACCCUAUAAAUAUCCUGUAAAUACACGACACUAGAGGAUUUUUUAACGCUACAUUUAUAUUGUCAUACAGCAUAUGAAGGCUAAUAUUAGCAAUAUUUUAACUUGAAGUAUUUAUAUACAAAGUAAGCUUUAUUUAUUGUCAUGUCUUGUCGUGUUUGACUGUGUCCUGGUGUUGCUUUCAAACCCACACAACUGUAUCCAUACACGAGUUCAGCGUACAGAGGAAAUCCUUCUCUGAUCUGGUUUGUGUUAACCGAAGUGAUGCAGGAGAAAGAAAUUUGAACAAGCAAUCACAAACAUGGAAGACCUUAUUAGCAGGAAAGUUCUGUCGUUUAUAAAUUUAAUGGUAACUGAGAAUUACAUAUCUGACGAGUUAAUUCCUGCAUCUAAUAUCUUUAGGACUGAUUUUAUCGAACGACUGUCAUAUCUGUUUUUUAAAACGUCAAAUAUCUGUAAACUUCUGUACACAUCAUCUCAACUGUAUCAAAUCUGAACCCAAAAAACAGAAUCAAAUUUGGACCUCUGUGGAAAUCAUCAGAACAUAUCGAUCUUCUUUCACAGAAGAAGCGACGCUGUAAAAAGGAGGAGCUGCCACACAUGUGUUCAAACGUCUCAAAUGUAAAUCAGGACUCAGACCCUCAAAGUUUUUAACAAAGGAAGGAGAAGACAAACUUCAUUUCCAAAGGUCCUUUCACACUGGGACCGUUUUUUUAUCGUGCGAUUAUUUCGGACGUCAAUAUUAUUUUCGAACCCGUAUCCUGUCAAUACAAACGUUCACAUCAGUGAUGUUUUCCCGUUCUGCGAUAUUGCAGCAUUAAUUUUUUCGAAUCACAGUUGAAUUUUCUAAAGUUUCGCAUACUGUGUGUCCACUUCUGACCAAUCAGAUUUCAUGUUGUUGCGACGUCAGAUUCACUGACAUAUCCAACAUGGCCGACCGACUGAUUGUUUACGAGUCGGAGAACAGAGUGAUUUUUGAUAUAAAACACAAAUAUUACAAAGAUAAUGACCUGAAGGACAACUUGUGGAGAGUCAAAGCGUCGGAUCUCUCAUAUGACGAUGAUGUGUGAUGACGUUUUCAGCUUUUCUAGCCAAUCAGAGGCGAAGGAGGCGGGACUUUCCCCGGGAUACGUCUUUUUCCCCCCAGAAAGUUGCGAAAUCGUAUCGCGCUUGAUGUGUAUAGUCAGGCGCGUCAAAAUUCACCUCCGAAUAUUUCGUUUUUUCGGGUCGGAAAUUUGCGUCGUUCCCGGUGUGUAAGGACCUUUAGCCUCUGAAGUCCUGCAAAGGUGAUGUUUUUGAACUUUUAGUACACUCGGUCACUCAUUUGGGACGCGGUCACGUACGCCGUCUUUGUCAGUGUGGAGAAACGGUCAUAAAUGUUCAGUUUGUGCUUCAGUGCUUCGUCUUCUCGGUUUACAAGAAAAGGAUAUCAGAUCUCUCUCAGUCGUCUUUGAAGUUUUAAUAAGUUAAAAAUUGACAUUAUUUAGCAACGCUUGUAAUGCAUCAUCCUUCCCCAGCAGAGGGCGCCUACGGUACAGACUAAACACCAUUCCCAGUGUAAUGCUCAUAGAAAUACAUGACGUUUAAUGACAGAUACUGGCUGUUAAUGGAAACAUGACAACAAAUACUUUCCCAAAGGCUGAUGACUUCAGGGUCUCCACCACCAACUUCAUUUUAGUCGUGCUAAAAGAUUUCACGUCUUUAUAAGUGUGCGAAGUCUUUGUUCAUGCUUGUAAACAUCUGUUCUGCACUUUCAAAGUUUAAAACUACAGGUACUGACUUUUGUUGGUUUUUACAACUGUUGACUGUCCUGAAAAUGAAACCAGAUGAAACAGAUUUUUAAGAAGUAUCAAAGUUUAAUCAUCAUGGUGAAAGGAGGACCCUCGUCUCUAAACUCACGAGGGUCUUAUGAAUUUCAACCGCGUGUGAGUUACGGGCAGAAAGGACAAAUUUAAGAAAAGUUGCACUUUGUCUGUAAAAAGUAAACUUCCUGAGGGAGCGGCUGGAAAAAGCUGUGAGUAAUCUGUGGAUUUUUGUUCUUUAUUGUACAAAUGAAUGUUUUUGCAGAAUCUGAGGCCGUGUUCAUUUUAACUCGCCCUUUCUAGAAAUCACAUUUUAUAACAGCUGAUGUGAAAAGGUCCUUUUUAGACGUGCUGAAGGCUCUGUACAGGACUGUUAACCUGUAAAUAAAAUCACUCACGCUGUCUGUGUUUGAGUCUCUGUUCAUUUCUAACACCAACAGA